GACUGUGUUAUUGACGAGAAGACGGUAGUUCUACAGAAGAAGGAUAAUGAGGGAUUCGGGUUUGUGCUGCGAGGGGCGAAAGGUAGGAGACGGACCUUAACUCAGUGUCUGUCUGUUGCUCCCUUGUUAUGUUCAUGUGUCAUCACCCGUCCACGUUGCAAUAUUUGUUUCUGUCGCGUCAGUGAUGAGAAUCACGCACAUAUUGCUUAUUAUCCACCCACGCUGUUUUGAACACCCACUUACUUCAAUACAAAUUCCAAUACUUUUUUUUUCUGUUGGCGACAGUGUGAUAGUUUUUGUGUUGUAGCUCAUUCUCAAGUCAGCUCUGCCCCUUGAUCAUGUUUUGUGUGAACUGACUGAGCCUAUAUCAACUGAGGAACUAUUGAUAUUCUGUUGAUUUAAACAGCUUCUCCAUCACAAACGUUUGUUUCUGAUAAAGUAGACAGUCAAUUCAAAUCACAUACCCAGAGCCUCUGCCUCUGCUCCAUAGAAUAUAAACUAACAUAAGCUACUGUAUUGAAUGAGCAGACUAACAACUGUCCUUGGAGUUUUCUUAAAACACAUGGCUGAUUUAUUGCAAGUGUCACUUGUCACCACUGGUUUCUUGGAGGUGCUGUGACUUCAGUUCUGCAGGAGAAAGAUGCUACACAGUAUUCUUGUAACAUCUGUAGCAAUCUGCAACAUCUAAACUAAAGGAAGCAUUGUUGUGACUUUGCUGAUAUUAGUAUUUUUUUAGAUGGUCAGUUUAGUUUUGUAUUAUAUGCAUGGGCUCCUGUCAGAUCUGCAGUUUGUCAGUGUCUGCAGUUUGAGACUCUCUCUCUCACACACACACACACACACACACACACACACACACACACACGCACACACACACAUACACAUGUACACACGCACACACGCACACAUGCACACACACACACACACACACACACGCACACACACACACACACGCACGCACGCACACACGCAUACAUGCACACACACACACACACACACACACACACACACACACACACACACACACACACACACACACACGCACACGCACACGCACACACACAGCUCUCUACUGAACUGUACACAGUCAGUGCAGGGAAUUUAUUAGGAACAGAGUGGAGGGGUGAAUGAUGCGUCUCCCCAGCCCCAGCCCUAGCCCACAGUCUCUGUCGCUGUCCCUGGCCAGACAGCAUGAUUGUGCCACUAAGCUGUGAUUACAUUGCCAUUGUUGUCUACAUGCAAGCUUUUUAGUGUCUUACUGAUAAUUACAUUGCAUUAUGAUGAUCCAUUCAAAUACAAAUGUUACUGUAGCAUUGUUGUAAUGCUGUCCCUGCAUGUAUUACUGUAUAUCGUCAAUAUAUAUGUACAUCUUCCGUGUACAUGUGUUUGUGCGUACAUGUGUAUGCAACAGAGUUUGCAACGUUUUCAUAUUAUUUGGUCCAGUAAAAAAUGUUUUCCAUUUCCCUGAUGGUGUCUGUUUUGAAUGUUGACAUUCAAAGGUGUCUGUUAUACGUUACACUGUUGUGUUGAAUUUCACAAGGUAAUGUUUUGUUGAAUUACCUGUAUUACAUAUGUGUAAUAAUGUGCAGUAAUGAUACUGUCCCAGUGAUAUUGCUGCCUUGCAUUUCUCACCUUCUCUUCUCUCUCUGACUUUACCUGGGACGUUGUCUGCACCUGCUCACCCACCCCUCCAGCGGACACGCCUAUAGAGGAGUUCACUCCCACCCCUGCCUUCCCCGCCCUGCAGUACCUGGAGUCUGUGGACGAGGGCGGGGUUGCAUGGCGGGCGGGGCUUCGCAACGGAGACUUCCUCAUCGAGGUAAGGAAGCAGAGUCUCUUUCUCAAUUCAUUUCUCCUCGAUUGCUUGCAUCCUCUCACCUUGCCUCCUCCAUAAAAUGCAUUGGAAAAGAGGGUCUGAUGGGAGGGACCUUGGACCUACUUCUCCAAUACGGUUGAGAAAGAGGCGAGGAGAUAGGAUGUGAGGAUUCACACGUUCCUUCCUGGACUUGGAAGAUUCCUUUUCAGUGUGAAGAAUUUGUGAUGAUAUGUUUGAAACUUGAUGGGAGGUCUGUCUGAAUACAUUUAUGAAUGUGGGCCCGACAAGCUCCAUAAGCAUGGGUCUCUUUUGUGGGAAUUUAGGGUAGUUUACUCCAUUUAUCAUUUAGAGUUUUGUUUGUCCCAGAAAAUCAUGGCUUUCAGAACAGAACAGCACAUUGUGGCAUAGUUUUCUGGGCCUCCAAAUGAGCUGAACCUCUGAAAGUGAGUUAUAAAAGUCUGGAUAAGCUCCAGAAUGUUUCCUCAUGCACAUACUUAAUGAGAAAUCUGUGUUCUGUUAAUGCUGAAAUAAGGAAUACUAAGCUACUGUAUUGAAAGAGAUUAUGUUUUUUGGCUGCACCUCAUCUCAUUUUGGUUGAAGCGCUGUCUGCUCCCCUCCUAAACUACUGUAAUGUCCUCAGAGGUGUGCUCAGAGUCACUUCUUUGUAGUACACUGUCCAAUUUUAUCGGUCAGUCUUUUUGGUUGUAAGGUGAUUGAGUUCAUACCCAAGCAUAGCCUGAAAUCCAAACUGUUCCGCUUCACUGUUGUUUCCUAAACAGAACAAGAUGAACAGUUACAUUCCAGGCUAACUCAGGCAGCCACUGUGGAUUACAUUUCCACUUGAACACGGAACAUAGUAUUGCCUAGCACUCAUCUCUUCUUGCUGUGGAUAUAUCUUCCGUUUGUCAGAACAGUACCUCACCUAAAUGCUUUAUUUCUUUAAUGCAUUGUCUAACACUUGACCACCACAGGUUGUGGUUGCACAGACCCUCUGGUAUAGUAGGUCAGAUGAAUUAAUGAAUGAAUUCAUGCUUGAACAGACUGGGGAGAGGAGAGGGCAGUUCCAGUUAAUCAUUUUUCCAUGGCUGUCACUUCAGUUCUAUGUCAGGAAAACAAAUACAUUUUGCCCGCAAAAUUCAGAACUCCAACUCAGUGUUCUUCAGUGUUACUUCAACAGAACUAGAAUGAUAUUGUAUUUCUAUGGUUACUUCAACAGGGAUGGGUGGAAGUCAUUUUGUAGUAUAAGGCAGAAUAGAGGGGAGAUAAUGAUUGGCCAUCUGUCUUCCUAGAGCAUACAGAUGUAGUAUUCAUGGAUACAGAGCAGGAUGGUGAUGAUGUUACAAAAAAGGGGGAAAACAUGAACUAUACUGUAAGAAUAGAAAUACUCAAAACACAGUGAUUGUGUAAUGAAACCAUGAAAAGUAGUGUUUGGCGGGUGUUUGAAUGUAAACCCAAUGUGUAAGUGUUAUGAUACACAGAAAGUGUUUUAAAAACAGAAUAGAAGUACUCUGAAACACCCAAAGUGGUUAUUCAGAACACACAAAAAUAUGUUUUUUGCAGACUGUAUCUCAUAUAGUCAAAUGGUUUAGAAAUGCACAUGGUUUGUAGCCUACAUAUGAAUUGAUGAUAAGGGCCUAUGGAGAAUACGUUUUUGUGGAAUUCCACCUUCAUUUUUUCAAUGAUUUAUUUAUUUAGACAGAUUGGAAACAGGAGGAAACAGAGAAGGGGUGAAAGUGGAACAGGUGGAAGUGGAAAUUCAACAACUGACUUCAAUGGAGUGUCAUUAGAAUUUGACACACUCAACCAGACAGCCACACUGUAAAAAAAAUGUCUGGGGUGAAUUGAAAUUGACAAAAUAUAUAUAUAUAUAUGUAUAUAUGUAUAUAUAUGUAUAUGAUUUUACCAAAACAUUGAAGAAUUAAUCCAACUUAAAAUGUUGCUCAAAAUGUAAGUAUAUUUUAUGAGGAUAACCAAAUAUAGAGGAAAUUGAAUGAUUUAACUCAUUGGAAGUCUGGUUUUGCCACGUGGCUAUGUUUUUAAAGGAUUGUGUGUAUUUAAACAUUUUCAGACUUUAUGAUUAUUUUACACAUUGUAUGCAUGUUUGAAGAAAGAAAAUUAUACUUCUAUAUUAGUAUUAAGCAGCUUGUUGUGCCAUGAGGCGUAAUGGAUCAUGAUGAAUGGAUAUUAAAACCGUCAGGCAAAAUGACAUUCAAUGAUGAGACCACCCAUUCCCACAUUUCCUUCUUUAAAUGGUAGAGGUAAAUACACUAUCCUGCAAUGUUUGCUGUAAAACCUCUAGUUACUGCUGGUGAAUUGACCACAGAGCUCAACAAUGCCUGCCAAAAUGGGUUAAACUGGCAAAUGAUCAGAUACAUAAAUCAAUGUUAAACAUUAAAAUACUACAGAAGAAGUGAUGUAAUUCUACACUAGACAGGAUGUGAAACACCAUAAUAGUGUUUAGAAGCUUUAGAGGAAACCACACCAAAAGAGAAGGUAUCUAAUUAUACAUAGAAUAUAAGGUAUCUAAUUAUACAUAGAAGAUAAGGUAUCUAAUUAUACACAGAAGAGAAGGUAUCUAAUUAUACAUAGAAAAGAAGGUAUCUAAUUAUACAUAGAAGAGAAGGUAUCUAAUUAUACAUAGAAGAGAAUGUAUCUAAUUACACAUAGAAGAGAAGGUAUCUAAUUACACAUAGAAAAUAAGGUAUCUAAUUAUACAUAGAAGAGAAGGUAUCUAAUUACACAGAAGAGAAGGUAUCUAAUUAUACAUAGAAGAGAAAGUAUCUAAUUACACAUAGAAGAGAAGGUAUCUAAUUACACAUAGAAGAGAAGGUAUCUAAUUACACAUAGAAGAGAAGGUAUCUAAUUACACAUAGAAGAGAAGGUAUCUAAUUAUACAUAGAAGAGAAUGUAUCUAAUUACACAUAGAAGAGAAUUAUCUAAUUAUACAGAGAAGAGAAAGUAUCUAAUUACACAUAGAAGAGAAGGUUUCUAAUUAUACAUAGAAGAGAAGGUUUCUAAUUCUGCCUUGUUUCAAAACAUCUCAGGAUGAUGUGUUUCAAUACUACAGCAAAGUUAAGGUUUUGUCUCCGCAUUGGUGGCAGCUCAGUUCCAACUAGUUUUGGUGUUACAAAGCACUUCAUUUUAACAGUGUAGAAUAGAGUGUUUGUCUUGCAGCUAAACUAAUAUCAUCCUACCACUUCACAUAAUACUGUAUAGACAAGAUAGAGAUAGCCCCAGGGAAUUGUCCCUUUGCAAUCGAAGUUGUUAUUGUGCUAUUAUAUUCUAUUAGUCAUGGGAAGCUUUAAUAUUUGUCACACUUCUACAUAUUUUUGGUGAUUAUUCCUCAGAAUAAGAUUUGAUCUUGAUUUGAUGUAAUCGAACUGGCCAAGAAUGUACAGUAUUUCAAAUGAAAUAUUAAAUGAUUUAGCUCAACAGUAAGUUCCUGUCAAAUAUUAUGAUGACAUUACAGCAACUCUGUGCCCUGGUUGGGGGACAAUGGCAGUCUCGGGAGUUCACAGCUUACUCUUGUGUGUUUUGGUGCUCUGCUCGGUCAUCCCCUCCAGACCACCUCCAAUGACCUUGCAGGCUGCCAGUAAACCCCUGUUUAAUGGUCCAGUCAAUACUGGAGAUGUGGAUGGCCUUGGGACAGGGAUGGGGAUGGAGGGUUUAAAGCCUGUCGGGUGGAGAGGGUGCUUCUCUUGGGGAUGUGUAGGAGAAGGUUUAUCUCCUGUCUUCAGGGAGAGAGGGUGCUGCUCUACAAAUGGGUGUGUUUGGGACCUCAGAGUAAUCUGUCUCUUAUUUCCUUCACUCCAUCAGUGAUCUGUUACUAUUAGGAAAUUAAAUAUAUAAAACCAGAGAGGACGAGGCGAACUUUAGGCUACUUUGGUGAAUUUGCGAGGCAUGCAAGACAAGACUUUGCGAUAUAAAGAUUACCAAAUCAAAUCAAAAUUGUAUUUGUCACUGUAGCGGGUGAUUUGGAUGGAGUCAGGCGCAGGAGGGUAAAUCACAGAAUAAAUGGUUUAUUCGGCAAAUACAGCGGUACGCAGCAAUGCGUAAAACUCUACAGUGCGGUAUAACAACGCACUGGAGAAAACAAAGCACACGGGUGAAUAUCCCGGCGAUACAAAUAUAGAAAACUCCACAGAGCUAUCGUCACCUCCACAAUAAACAAUCACACACAAAGACAUGGGGGGCAGAGGGAAUACUUAUACAAGUACUGAUGAGGGGAUAUGAACCAGGUGUUUUGAGAAACUAGACAAAACAAAUGGAAUGAUGAGAUGAGGAGCGGCAGUUGCUAGAAUGCCGGUGACGACGAACGCCGAAGCCUGCCCGAACAAGGAGAGGAGGUGUCACGUCUCCUCCCGUUGCUUCCCUCCGGCACUCUGAUUCGCCGGUCUACUGAGCCACCAGUCUGAGCGCACCACCUCGGCAACACCGGAAUGGAAAUCCAACGCACCCUAAUCACCUCCAGCGCACCUGCACCUCAUCAUCUCAUCACCACCCCUAUAUAGCCCUGGACUGUUCAGUGUUGUGUUGUGUGAGAUUGUUAGUGUCUUGUUGUGUACUCACUCUUUGUUUUUCUCUUGCUCAGUGUUAAGUAAACCUUUACAUUGUUGAUUCCUGCAUCUGCGUCCUGCCACUUCGUAUCCUCAGUACUCGUCACUGGAGGCAGCUUCGGAGGAAGUCGUGACAGUCACAUGCGCCGAAUACAACUUGUGUAGACUUUACAGUGAAAUGCUUGCUUUUGUGCCCUUCCCAAUGAUGCAGAGUUUAAAAAUUAAAAUUAAAUAGUAACAGAAGAGGAAUAAAAUAAAACACACAAGAAUGGAGCUAUAUCCAAGGAGUACCAGUACCAGAUCAAUGUGCAGGGGUAGGAGGUAUUUGAGGUAGAUAUGUACAUGAAGGCAGGGUAAAGUGACUAGGCAUCAGGAUAGAUAAUAAUAACAGUCAAAUAAAAAUACAGUAGUAGUGUGUGUAAUGUGUAUGAAUGUGUGUUUGUGUUGUGUCGGUAUGCGUGUGUGUGUUAUGUGUGUGUGUGUAUGUGAAUGUGCGCACAUUCUUCUGCCUGCCCCCUCCUCUCUCACCCUGGCGCUGGCUCGCCUGCUCUUUCUCUAUGCUAAGGAUGGAAGUGUGUGUUCAGUCUUCGGUCUGUUGCAUGUAGAAUAUCCUAGCCCAGUAGUUCCCAACCUUUUUCGGUUACUGUACCACCAACUGAAUUUUGCUCUGCCUGGAGUACCCUGAGGUCCUGUAUGGAAAUACUUUGAGAAGUUCAAUGAGAAGAUGGUGACAUGCAAACUUUGCGAGGUGGAAUUCAGGUUAGGGCUGUCCCCGACAAAGAAAAAAUCUUGGUUGACCUAAUCGUCUGUUCUUACAUUUUAAAACAUGUCUGUUUCCCUAUAUAGACACACCCUAUGUAUUUUAAUAAAAUCAGCUAUAUGUAGGCUACUGAGCUUGUCUGAUGCUUUAAGCACACUUUAAUUAAAUAAUUAAGACAUACAAAUGACUUGAGAGAGCCAGAGAUCAAGAUAGCCUAACCAGAAGAAAAGAAACCUGUUCCAGACCCUCUUCAUCCCACUGCUGCUGGCUUUCGCAGAUUCUUCUGUUACGCUCCUGCUGUUGCGCUCCUAAUAGGCUACACCAGGGGUCGGCAACCAUUUCCAUUUGGAGUGCCAAUUUAUCUUACCAUUUCUACCGUUCUGAUUUUUAUAUGCACAUUUUCAUGGAACAGUUUAAUUUCAUUUAUAAUAAAGUCUUCGUAUCUCAAAAUCAUGUGGUUCAUCAAAAUUCUACGCAUAGCCUGUCUGCAAGGAACUUGAAACGUUGUAUCAACUAUUUAUUUUGGUCCGGCCUGAAGCUGGAGCUAGCAAACUUGUGACAUUGUAUAACAUAUUCUGGGCCCUCAAAGUUUCCAGCUCCAGUGAGCUCCGGACAGACAUACAGUAGCUGUAUGCUGUUUGCGCAAAUUAUAAUAAGUAAUCAGGUAGGCCUAUUAUAUAACUUUUCCACUGGAUCAGAGCAUGACAUCCCCCCCCCCUUUCACUCUUAGUGGUUAUCGAAUGAGAGCUGGAAAGAAUUUUCAAAUAGGCUACGUUGAGAAACUAUUGUCAUUCUCAAUGGAUGUAAAAACAUACUUUUUUACUUGCUGUUUGAGGUGAAGAAAAAAAUACUUUGAGAAGUUCCACAUUUGCACGCAGGCCGGGUAGCCUAGGCCUACUUCUAUGUAUAAUCAGGUGCGCAUCCUUACUCAACAGGAGCACUACAAACAAACGACAAGGAAUAAAUUGACAACUCCUAAAUGGAAUGAAAUUAACCAAAACGUGUUCCUCACAAGUGUAGCCUAGGUUGUGCGGUCCGCAAACAAGUGUCCACUCCGACAAUGAGAACAAUAAAAGACUGUAAUAAUAAUAUAUUGAAUGCAUUAACAGAAAUUACCGUAACCAAACAAACAUUAUUAUUAUUAUUAUUAUUAUUAUGGUAACUAACGGUAAAUGUACUAGUGCUGAUACUGGUGUUCCAUCCCCGCGGCAUCCGCAAUGGAUUAGACAUACGUGAAUCAGACAGGUGUCUCAUGUGCCAUAAAAAAUUGAUAUAUUUUAGACAGCUCAACUAAAAAAAGUAUUUGUCGACCAACAGCCUAUUGACCAAACAUUAAAUGGGGUCAGCCCAAAUUGAGGUACAAUAAUGGUAGUACAGGUGCAAUGCUCAACCAUCUGAAAGGGACGCACCGUGAGACCCAAACCGUCAGGUGGAAUUGUAUGAAUUUUUCAUAUUGUUUUAACGGAAAACCGCAAAAAAAUAUUGUUGUUUAAACGUUAAGAUUUUUUUUCCAUUUGUCACAUCCUUAGUUACUAUCCAUUGUUGUUUUCGCUGUGAGCAAGCUAGAGCCAAAUCUCAGUGUUGUUUUUCUUUGGGUGACCUCUGGUUUUGGCAGCUCCAUUUAUUACAGAUGUUGGUCAGCCAGGACUUAAUCUAAAGAAGCAGACCAACGCCGCUUUGUAGUUGGUUGUCCCAGGCAUAUAGCCCAAUAACCGGUUGUGACACUGUAGCCCAGGUUAUUCUGGUGAUCCAAUGUUGUCCACUGUGACAGUAGCGCAAAUUGUAGAUGCUGUCCACUGUCAUGUGGUGCUGAACUUCAGAAUUCUGAUACAGUCGCUGUCCACUUCAAUGGUGCUGAAUCUCUGAUUGUCUCUUUUACAGCGUGUUUGCUUACUUUAGCACCGUAGCGUAUAGCUGUAUGUUGGAAAGAAAAUACCCACACCACAUGUAUAUGUAUUUUGUAUAUGUAUAUUGAAUGAAUCUAUUUAGUCUCCUCUCACCUCUCCUCUUAUUUUCUCAUCACGGUUGUAGCCUACUCUUUCUCUGUUGUCUUUGCAAGUAGCACACAUAGGCGUUCUGUCAAAGCCCAGUAAACAGAGUACUGUAGUCAGUGAGCUUAUGUCACUAACUGUAAGUCGCUCUGGAUAAGAGCGUCUGCUAAAUGACUAAAAUGUCAAUGUAAAUGUCAGCUUUUCAUUGGUUGUAAUAUGGUUUGUUAAUGCACAUAGUGGACGUAUAUUUAACAUGAAUAUGUAUGUAUGGGUCUGGUAGUGGAGAUAAUAUGACAGUGCUGCUGGCCUGGAUGGCCAUGGUCAAACGGACCUCCACAUAUGUUAAGGUUUAGUGAUCCCACCACAUACUGUAUAGGUGUUACAUACACAUUCAAAUGUAUUCAGGCUCCAAUUUAACCAAUUGAAAAUAUACAAAACAUUAAGAACACCUGCUCUUUCCGUGACAUAGACUGACCAGGUAAAUCCAGGUGAAAGCUAUGAUCCCUUAUUGAUGUCACUUUUUAAAUCCACAUCAAUCAGUGUAGAUGAAGGAGGGGUGGACAGGUUAAAGAAGGAUUUUUAAGCCUUGAGACAAUUGAGACAUGGAUUGUGUAUGUGUGCCAUUCAGAGGGUGAAUGGGCAAGACAAAAUAUUUAAGUGCCUUUGAACGGGGUAUGGUAGUAGAUGCCAGGUGCACUGGUUUGUGUCAACAACUGCAACGCUGCUGCGUUUUUCACGCUCAACAGUUUCCCCUGUGUAUCAAGAAUGGUCCACCUCCCAAAGGACAUCAAGCCAACUUGGCAGAACUGUGGGAAGCAUUGGAGUCAACAUGGGCCAGCAUCCAAGGGUGGGGGGUACUCAAUAUUAGGAAGGUGUUCUUACUGUUUUGUACACUCAGUGUAUCAUUGCUCAGAUAUACAAUUUAACAUUCAUAUUCACCUGACGUUCAGGUCGGAUGUGAGGCAGUCACAAUCAAGCAUUGUUUGUUUGAACAGCCUCUCUCUCUGAGAGUGUUUCAGCAUUAUUGAUAAAAGGACUCAGGCCGAGUCCCAAAUGGCAUCCUAUUAUCUACAUAGUGCACUACUUUUGACCAUUCCCUAUGGGCCCUGGUCAAAAAUAUAUAGUGAAUGCCAUUUGGGACACAACCUCAGUGCAUCCUCACAACAAUACAGAAGCUCUUAGCAGUGGCCCUCCAAUGGUCUUUACCUCCCCGUUGGAUGAGGAGCUCUUAUCUGUCUGUGUGCCUUACUCUCCUCUCACAGAGAACACAGCAGCUGCUUGAAAUAACCUAGAAUCUAGCUUAUGUUUAGCACUGAUGUUAUGUUCCCCGCAGGAACAGAUUUUCAGUGUGAAAGGUGAUGGUGUGUGUGUGUGUGUUUGUGAGGGCGGGGGGUGGACGUAGGUGUGUUUGUGUGUGUGUGUGUGUGUGAAGAAGAAGGAACAUAUUUUCAGUGUUUAAAGGGGCAAUCUGAAGUUGAAACAAUAACAAAGUCUUAUCCCCACCACUGUUUUGGCAAAAAAGGGAAAGAAAAUUAAAACAAGUCUUCAAUUGCAACUGGCCUUUUUGUUAAAUGUUUUGUUGUUUUCAAACACCAUUUCAGUUAUUUACACAAGAGGAUAAGAGUUGAGCACAUUCUCUCCCUUUACCUGGUACUGUAUUGAUAUUAGAGACUCAGCCCAUCUCAGCCCUCUGCAGUGCUCUGCUCUGCUCUCUUUGUGGCCAUGACCGUGACUAUCUCAUGGACAGUGAGUUGUUCUUUGUGGACAGUAGCCCAGAGACUGCAGGGCAUGCCUUGGAGGUACCUCAUAGCCUAAUAACCACACAACCUGUCACUAAAGUAAAUAACUCGGCAUGGUGUAACCUAUUUUGAGGAUAGGAGGAAAGUGAAUUGUGUGUGUAUGCAUGUUAGCCACUUACUAACAUUGCCAACUGUCUCUUAAUUGUUUAGUUGUUGAUAUUGUAGUAAUUAAUUCAAUCCAAGCUUUAGAAUGAUGCCGUUGUUCAGUGUUACAUUGUCCCCAAGGGAAAGCAGGGGAGAUUGAGUCUGAAAAAAGGACAAUGUAUUUACAAGAAUCACCAUUAUUACCCAAUGAAUAGCCAGUCAAAUCAUUAUACUUCCUAUUCAUUGGGUAAUUUGGAUUCUUGUAAAUACAUUCUUACUAUAGAAUGUAAAUACAAUCUCAUUAGCGAUGGUGGGGACCUGUUCAUUCGUUCACUACACAUGCUGAUGGAUGUCCAGGGUUCACGCACGUCGUAAUAUGUCACAGUGGUCACCUAGCAACCAGCUUCACAUUUUGUCCCUACGCACGCUUUGAUGGAUAAAAGGGAGGGAGACAGCUGUUAGAGAUUUCCCAGCAGCACCCUCUCUGUCUCUCUGACGGUCUGGGUACUCUAAUCUGAACGUGUGUGAAAACAUAUGCGAGUGGCUGGGGUUUGGUGACAGUGUGUGUGUGUUCUAUGUAGCUGUGUGUCUCAAGCCAGAAAAGUUGCUUUAUUGUCUUCUGUAUACUGUAAAACAGCCUGUAUACUAUUACUAUUUCUAACUUAGCUGAUUAGCUAAAUGUUAUGGUAUUCACUUCAAGGUAAUCUCAGAUGUGCACUGAUUAAACUAAAGCGAGAGAUUAUACACUGAGUAUACAAAGCAUUAAAAUGUAUUCAGGUUGAAGGGUAGAAGACAGGUUAAAUAAGGACUUUUAAGCCUUGAGACAAUUGAGACAUGGAUUGUGUAUGUGUGCCAUUCAGAGGGUGAAUGGGCAAGACAAAAGAUUUAAGUGCCUUUAAAAGGGAUAUGGUAGUAGAUGCCAAGAACUGCAACGCUGCUGGGUUUUACACGCUCAACAGUUUCCCAUAUCUAUCAAGAAUGGUCCACCGCCCAAAGGACAUCAAGCCAACUUGACACAACUAUGGGAAGCAUUGGAGUCAACAUGGGCAUCCCUGUGGAACGCUUUCAACAUUUUGUAGAGUCCGUGCCCCAACAAAUUGAGGCUGUUCUGAGGGCAAAAGUGGGGAGUGCAACUCAAUAUUAGGAAUGUGUUCAUAAUGUUUGGUAUACUCAGUGUAUAUUGUCUUGUAGUGUUUACAUUUCAGGUAUUAGGAAUACCAUUGAUACUUUGAUUGUUCUUCUUGACAUUUUUUUAAUAUACUUAAUUUUCCAUACGCUUACUCUUCGACCAUGACAUCACAUACAGUGGGGGAAAAAAGUAUUUAGUCAGCCACCAAUUGUGCAAGUUCUCCCACUUAAAAAGAUGAGAGAGGCCUGUAAUUUUCAUCAUAGGUACACGUCAACUAUGACAGACAAAUUGAGAAUUUAUUUUCCAGAAAAUCACAUUGUAGGAUUUUUAAUGAAUUUAUUUGCAAAUUAUGGUGGAAAAUAAGUAUUUGGUCACCUACAAACAAGCAAGAUUUCUGGCUCUCACAGACCUGUAACUUCUUCUUUAAGAGGCUCCUCUGUCCUCCACUCGUUACCUGUAUUAAUGGCACCUGUUUGAACUUGUUAUCAGUAUAAAAGACACCUGUCCACAACCUCAAACAGUCACACUCCAAACUCCACUAUGGCCAAGACCAAAGAGCUGUCAAAGGACACCAGAAACAAAAUUGUAGACCUGCACCAGGCUGGGAAGACUGAAUCUGCAAUAGGUAAGCAGCUUGAUUUGAAGAAAUCAACUGUGGGAGCAAUUAUUAGGAAAUGGAAGACAUACAAGACCACUGAUAAUCUCCCUCGAUCUGGGGCUCCACGCAAGAUCUCACCCCGUGGGGUCAAAAUGAUCACAAGAACGGUGAGCAAAAAUCCCAGAACCACAAGGGGGGACCUAGUGAAUGACCUGCAGAGAGCUGGGACCAAAGUAACAAAGCCUACCAUCAGUAACACACUACGCCGCCAGGGACUCAAAUCCUGCAGUGCCAGACGUGUCCCCCUGCUUAAGCCAGUACAUGUCCAGGCCUGUCUGAAGUUUGCUAGAGUGCAUUUGGAUGAUCCAGAAGAGGAUUGGGAGAAUGUCAUAUGGUCAGAUGAAACCAAAAUAGAACUUUUUGGUAAAAACUCAACUCGUCGUGUUUGGAGGACAAAGAAUGCUGAGUUGCAUCCAAAGAACACCAUACCUACUGUGAAGCAUGGGUGUGGAAACAUCAUGCUUUGGGGCUGUUUUUCUGCAAAGGGACCAGGAUGACUGAUCCGUGUAAAGGAAAGAAUGAAUGGGGCCAUGUAUCGUGAGAUUUUUAGUGAAAACCUCCUUCAUCAGCAAGGGCAUUGAAGAUGAAACGUGGCUGGGUCUUUCAGCAUGACAAUGAUCUCAAACACACCGCCCGGGCAACGAAGAAGUGGCUUCGUAAGAAGCAUUUCAAGGUCCUGGAGUGGCCUAGCCAGUCUCCAGAUCUCAACCCCAUAGAAAAUCUUUGGAGGGAGUUGAAAGUCCGUGUUGCCCAGCUACAGCCCCAAAACAUCACUGCUCUAGAGGAGAUCUGCAUGGAGGAAUGGGCCAAAAUACCAGCAACAGUGUGUGAAAACCUUGUGAAGACUUACAGAAAACGUUUGACCUGUGUCAUUGCCAACAAAGGGUAUAUAACAAAGUAUUGAGAAACGUUUGUUAUUGACCAAAUACUUAUUUUCCACCAUAAUUUGCAAAUAAAUUCAUUAAAAAUCAUACAAUGUGAUCUUCUGGAAAAAAAAAUCUCAUUUUGUCUGUCAUAGUUGACGUGUACCUAUGAUGAAAAUUUCAGGCCUCUCUCAUCUUAUUAAGUGGGAGAACUUGCACAAUUGGUGGCUAACUAAAUACUUUUUUUCCCCACUGUAGUAUCUAAUGUGGUUUAUGUAAUUCCUUUCUCUUGAACGUUAUCAUUGUGUGGGGAUCCCUUUCCUCUCUUCAAUAGUCUCUUAUCUGCGUAUGCCUGACGUACGAUUCCGCUGCUCUUAAUACAUGGGCUUUGAGCUGAGGUAGCUCUGAUUCAGGCCACCCAGAAAAGGCUCUAAAAUGGAACGGCGAUAGGUGAUCUCACCCAGCAGCUCCUCUGUGCACUUGGUAAUUAGCCUACUCAAGACAAAAGAGUUUUGCCUGCCCUGAAGACUGAAGAAUAGAAUAGCAGAGAGGAGAUUGCAUUUGAUCAUGGAAUUGCAAUGGGACUGUGGGUGAUUGGCCAAUGUUAACCCUCCGUCUCUGAAGUGGCUCAGUGAAACUGCAGUGAAACAGCCUGCACUUCAUUGAUUGCCAGCCACUGGCCUUACAUGAUAACAUCCUUGUCCAAAAGGGAAGAAAACGUUUGUUUUGCGUGCCGAAUGGCAUCCUAUUCCCUAUGUAGUGCACUACUUUUGACAGGGCUUAUAGUGCUCUGGUUAAUAGUAGUGGACUAUUUAGAGAAUAGGUUGCCAUUUGGAAUGCAUCCAUUCUCUCCGGGUAGCAGGAGCUGAUUGUACUCCAUUGUACUCCAUUGUACUCCAUAACCACAAUACAACAAGUGUGUCUCAGAAGGCUUUUUGCACUUGACUUGAAUACAUAUUUUGUGCAUCAGGUGAAGUGUAUGUGGUUUCUGUGCGUUUGAGCCUGUGUACUGGAUGAUGAAUCAAGCGAUGAAUCAUUAUUAUGUUGUCUGUUGUUCUGUUACUGUAUACAGGCUGUAUCUACUCAUCUCUCUCUCUUUCCUUUAAUUGGCUGUAUCUGGAUUGGGUUGUUUUUCUCAAGUUUUUUUCUUGUUAGUCUAAAAUGGAUCACGUCUCUAUCUCUGUGGUCUGGGCAGAGGUACCUGAGGGUCUCUAUAGUUCACUGAGCAGUGUUAUUUAAUGAUUGGGCUACCAAACAUUCAACGUUAUGUAAUGACUGUGUGUAUGUGUGUGUGUCACUAUGCGUGUGUGUGUGCACAUGCACAUUCUUGCUUUCUUUGUUUGCGUGCAUGUGUGCACCCUUUUAGUACAGUGCACAUGUUAAUUCUGCUGGAAGUUACCAGAAGUGACACAAAAUCCUAUUUAUGAAAUAUGAAAGGGCCCUGUAGACACUGGCACACAACCUCUCUCCCUGGCAAAUCACUCGCUGCAUUCCCAGAUAUCUGUUUUUGAAGUCAAAGCCAUGAAUACCACAUCACCAUAAAAUGUACUGGGUGCCUGUAGGGCUGAUAAGAUGAAGUACUGGAACCAUGUCGUCCAAAACGUUCUACUUUUGAAUCAUCUGUCUAUAGAACAUUCUUCCAAGAGUCUUGAUGAUCAUCCAGGUGCUUCCAGGUGCUUUUUUGCAAACUUGAGUCAACUUUUUGGAUGACAUGGGUCCAAAGUAAGAACCUCAUACCAACAGUCAAGCAUGGUGGUGGUAGUGUGAUGGUUUGGGGAUGCUUUGCUGCCUCAGGACCUGGACGACUUGCCUUAAUAGAAGGAACCAUUAAUUCUGCUCUGUAUCAGAGAAUUCUACAGGAGAAUGUCAGGCAAUCCGUCUGUGAACUGAAGCAGAAGCGCAGCCGGGUCAAUGCAUCAAGACAAUUAUCCAAAACACACAAUCAAGUCUACAUGAAAAUGGCUAAAAAGCAACACAUUUGAAGUUUUGGAAUGACCUAGUCAAAGUCCAGACCUAAUCCCAAUUGAGAUGUUGUGGCAGGACUUGAAACGAGCAGUCCAUGCUUGAAAACCCACAUAUGUCACUGAGUUAAAGCAGUUCUGCAUGGAAGAGUGGGCCAAAAUUCCUCCACAGCGACAUGAGAGACUGAUCAACAACUACAGGAAGCGUUUGGUUGGAGUCAUUGCAGCUAAAGGUGGCACAACCAGUUAUUGAGUGUAAGGGGCCAAUUACUUUUUCACACAGGGGCAUUGGGUGUUGCAUAACUUUGUUUAUGAAAUAAAUGAAAUAAGUAUGUAAUUGUUGUGUUAUUUGUUCACUCAGGUUCCCUUUAUCUAAUAUUAGGUUUUGAUUGAAGAUUUGAUAACAUUCAGUAUAAAAAAUAUGCAAAAGUAGAGAAAAUUAGAAAGGGGGCAAAUAAUUUUUCACAGCACUGUAUAGGAUAUGAAAGUAGGUCACAUUUUUUAUGUAGAUAGUUUUCUAUUGAUAAUGAGAACUGUGAAUUUAUAUUUUUCUACAAAGCAAUUAUAAUGAACCAGAUAAUUGACCCUUGACACUUUUGGAAAAAAUAAGUUUAUUAAAUUCUAUUGAGAACUUUUCCUGAAGCCAGCUAACUUUCUCUUGUCUCAUAAUUUCUCCUGUUUUACAGGAAACAUAUCUGUUUUCCUGGUCUCAAUCCUGGGACCUGUAACAAACACGUCAUAGGCUAUGGUAUAGAUAUUUUUUAUUACAGGAAAUUAGCUUUAAAACUGCAAUGUUUUGUCUCACAGGGACCCUGUUUAUAGGGUCUGUAGGCUAUCCAGUGCUUAAGAAAAAUAUCUAGACAUAACUAUUAGACAUUUACACAAUUAUAUGUAUUUCACCUUUCAUGCUACACAAAGAUAAAUAGAAGAAUUGCAACAUUUACCUGGAGCUAACUCUGCAAAUAGCACUGCUGAGUGAUUUAAAAAGUCAUAGUCAAUCGAUCAAUAAUAUAAAGCAAAAAUGUUUGUCUUUAAUUUACAAUCUGUAGAAACUAUGAGAAUAGAAAGGUUCAGAACUUUUGUGAAACAUCACAGCACAGUUGAAAAAUAGAAAUCAAAACCGGAUGGUGUUCAGAGAUAGAUGGGAGGGGUUGAGUGGAGCUGAAGGGUGGGACUAAAAAUAACAACUAUUGUAAAAUAUUGUCCCUAAAAUGUAUAAGCUGGAAGUAGAAGCCUAAGUGUUGUUGUCCAUUAGUUUACUUCAAUUAGGGGAUGGGUGGUAGGGUUAGGGGAAAUUAAUAAAGGAAAAUAUAUACAAAUAUAUAUAUAUAUAUAUAUAUAUAUAUAUAUAUAUAUAUAUAUAUUUUAUAUAUUCACAAAAAUAUAUAUAUAUGGAUAAAAUAUAUUUUUCUAAACUAAUCCAAUCUAUUAGUUGGAUUUAUUGCACCCUUUACUGAUAUGGUUGUUCCAGUUUACAUGGUUUAGGUAGUCUAAUUAAUUUAUCGUACUUAUCGUUCUAACCCUGGCAGUCAUUCUGAAUGCAGAUUGUGGGUGAAUAAAUGUAAAAAUGUUUGGAUAUCCCGUCAGGCUGGAUUCCAAUAGGAAUUAGACAUCACUUUGCAAGCCAGCAUAAUGUGACUUGAUGCUGGUUUUGCGGGUGACCAGUUUAUUUGUCCAAAACACAGCGAAGCAAAAACACAAUGAAGGCUGGUCACCAGUGAAAACACAAAGAAGGCUGGUCACCAGUGAAAACACAAUGAAGGCUGGUCACCAGUGAAAACACAAAGAAGGCUGGUCACCAGUGAAAACACAACGAAGGCUGGUCACCAGUGAAAACACAAAGAAGGCUGGUCACCAGUGAAAACACAAAGAAGGCUGGUCACCAGCCUAUGCUGGUCUAUGCUGUUUUUUUGUCAGCAGGGCUAUUCUCUACAUAGUGCACUAUUUUUGACCAGAGCCGGGUUGGUGCAAUUUAGGACACAGCCAAAGACAAUAGUGAACCUAAGUGAACAGAUAAGAGGAGUAAAAUGGAGGGCUCAGUCAGCAGUUUAUAAUACAUUCUGUGUGUGACGCCGUGUUAGCUGAUAAAUAGUCAUUCAUUUCAUCAGGGUUUAAUGACGUAUGAGAUAUAUAGCACAGAGCAACACUCUCCCCUUAAUUAAUAUGCAAGCAUGCAUGUGUGUGUGUGCUUGUGCGUGUGUGUAAUGCCUUCUCUGUCUCUGUCUGGCUGUAUCCUGCUCUCUCACUGUAGCCCAAACGUAAUGAGAUUAACUAGAUUAAAUGACACUGGUGAGAUGGCAGAUGAUCAUUUCCCGUUUGGGUGGUUGAUUUGCAUCUCGUCACACCCUGAAUUGAGCUGCGAUCUCGUUAUGGGGUUGUGGAAUUAGGGGGUUGUGAUAUUAGGGCAGGGGUGAAAGUAUAAUUAAUGUAUUCCCGUAGGGCCUAAUCAUAGAAUUACAUAUAGAAUCCCUAUUAAUUCAAUAGGAUCUCUGUGGGCCUAGUCAUACAGAUUUGUCAUAUCACUUUUAAAAUGUACAGUUGAAGUCGGAAGUUUACAUACACCUUAGCCAAAUACAUUUAAACUCAGUUUUUACAAUUCCUGACAUUUAAUCCUAGUAAAAAUUCCCUGUCUUAGGUCAGUUAGGAUCACCACUUUAUUUUAUGAAUGUGAAAUGUCAGAAUAAUAGUAGAGAGAAUGAUUUAUUUAAGCUUUUAUUUAUUUCAUCACAUUCCCAGUGAGUCAGAAGUUUACAUACACUCAAUUAGUAUUUGGUAGCAUUGCCUUUAAAUUGUUUAACUUGGGUGAAACGUUUCGGGUAGCCAUCCACAAGCUUCCCACAAUAAGUUGGGUGAAUUUUGGCCCAUUCCUCCUGACAGAGCUGGUGUAACUGAGUCAGGUUUGUAGGCCUCCUUGCUCGCACACACAGUUUUCAUAUUUUCUAUAGGAUUGAGGUCAGGGCUUUGUGAUGGCCACUCCAAUACCUUGACUUUGUUGUCCUUAAGCCAUUUUGCCACAACUUUGGAAGUAUGCUUGGGGUCAUUGUCCAUUUGGAAGACCCAUUUGCGACCAAGCUUUAACUUCCUGACUGAUGUCUUGAGAUGUUGCUUCAAUAUAUCCACAUCAUUUUCCUUCCUCAUGAUGCCAUCUAUUUUGUGAAGUGCACCAGUCCCUCCUGCAGCAAAGCACCCCCACAGCAUGAUGCUGCCACCCCCGUGCUUCACGGUUGGGAUGGUGUUAUUCGGCUUGCAAGCAAUCCCCUUUUUCCUCCAAACAUAACGAUGGUCAUUAUGGCCAAAUAGUUCUAUUUUUGUUUCAUCAGACCAGAGGACAUUUCUCCAAAAAGUACGAUCUUUGUCCCCAUGUGCAGUUGCAAAGCGCUUUUUUAUGGCGGUUUGGAGCAGUGGCUUCUUCCUUGCUGAGUGGCCUUUCAGGUUAUGUCGAUAUAGGACUCGUUUUAAUGUGGAUAUAGAUACUUUUGUACCUGUUUCCUCCAGAAUCUUCACAAAGUUAUUUGCUGUUGUUCUGUGAUUGAUUUGCACUUUUCGCACCGAAGUACAUUCAUCUCUAGUAGACAGAAUGCGUCUCCUUCCUGAGCGGUAUGACGGCUGCGUGGUCCCAUGGUGUUUAUACUUGCGUACUAUUGUUUGUACAGAUGUUCAUGUGGUACCUUCAGCGUUUGGAAAUUGCUCCCAAGGAUGAACCAGACUUGUGGAGGUCUACAAUAUAUUUUCUGAGGUCUUGGCUGAUUUCUUUUGAUUUUCCCAUGAUGUCAAGCAAAGAGGCACUGAGUUUGAAGGUAGGCCUUGAAAUACAUCCACAGGUACACCUCCAAUUGACUCAAAUGAUGUCAAUUAGCCUAUCAGAAGCUUCUAAAGCCAUAUCAUAAUUUUCUGGAAUUUUCCAAGCUGUUUAAAGGCACAGUCAACUUAGUGUAUGUAAACCUCUGACCCACUGGAAUUGUGAUACAUUGAAUUAUAAGUGAAAUAAUCUGUCUGUAAAGUUGUUGGAAAAAUUACUUGUGUCAUGCACAAAGUAGAUGUCCUAACCGACUUGCCAAAACUAUAGUUUGUUAAUAAGAAAUGUGUGAAGUGGUUGAAAAACGAGUUUUAAUGACUCCAACCUAAUUAUAUGUAAUCUUCCGACUUCAACUGUAUUACUUUUAUUGUGGGAAAAACACAAUCAGUCAGGAUUUUUUCAUCUGAUUGUCAAACAAUCACUUCAAAGGGCUCCUUUACUAGGCUACGAGUGCACGUUCAUCCACUCGCAACAUAUUUCCAGCCUCCAAACAGUGGUGAAUGGAAAGAGACAUCUGUUACACAAAACACCACAAAGUGUAAUAACAUUUGGCGAUUGUCAUUAGGCCAGAAUAUAUGCAUCCACUGCUGUCCGUGCGCGUCUCGGUGUCGGCCACUCAUUUCUGCCUUGGCAAAAUAUCAGUGUUCUCGUGGAACCACAUCACAUUUUGGAUCGUAGGCUAUACCACCCAUUUUCAAGUCCAUUCGCUCAUUUACCAUGCCUCUGACAACCGGUAAUGAUAAAAAGUGACGUAAUAGCCUACAGUUUUCUAGACAUUUUGUUUUAAUUAUUGCGAUAGGCUCAUGAUUUACUGGUACAGUGUACCCCCACUAUUUAUUUUGCCGGGACACUGUACCGUACCACCUUACUUUCACCCCUGUUGUGUCUUUAGGGAGUUGUUGUGGUGUAGAGAAGGCUGUGUCCUUAGGGGGGUUGUGGUGGUGGCUUGGAUAAGGCAGAGGUCACAGAGGGUAAGGAGUAUUUCACCUUCCCCAGGGGAUUAGCAUGAUCCUGUCACUCUGGGACUCUUUCUGUUAUGGAGGCAUCAUCAUUAAGAAAUACAUGGGCUAUGGUUGUAGUCUGUCUUUCUGUACACUUUAAUGGUGUGGCAGAAUCAGAGGUCAGAGGUCAGAGAGGAGACUCACCUUCCCCAAAGGAUCAGCAUCCUCUGUCACUCUGGGACUCUGGGACUGGCAUUAUAGAAGCAUUAGCAUUCUAUUAUGCUCACGUAACAGCUAGUUAUGUUCUCAAUAAUGAUUUCAACAAUUCAAACUACAUUCGAGUGACCUUCUCAGGGCAAAUUUGAGAUUGUUCUGGUGUAUUAGUAAAUGAAUACGCGACCAAACGGCCAUCCAUCAUUAACACCAUGUGUGAACAGCCUUCUAGCCAUUUGGACACUUCUCUGGCAGAUGGGGGUUGUGAUGACACUUGGCUCAAUACAUUGCUUGCUGUCCCUAUUAUGAUGAAGACACUCCCCUGGCUUUUGGCUUGGCUCAAUAAUACCGUCCCCAGAUCUGUUAAUAUCAGCUGUCUAACUGUGCAAUGGAAACUUUAAGAGUAUUGUAUGAUGGGUAUUGAGAAUUUUUAUGAGUAAAAGAUUGUUUGGUAAUAUUUGGAUAUGAUGUGUUUGUGACAGGACCUCAGAUUCGAGAGUGAUUGUUGGCUUUAGCUCCCAGAGCUCAUGUUUAUUCGGUGUUUUCCAGUGUCAGCCAUAUGCAGAAAAUAUCUACUGUACUGUGUGUAGAAGUGGAUGAGUGAAGGCAUCGCUAGGAGCAGCAGUGUUUCAUGCGUGUAUUCACGAGUGAGACAUCUCUUCUAAAAUCUGUCUUUUUAAGUCUUCUGUUUGUCAAAUUUUUCUGUUUUUUACUAUAAUGGAACUGUAAUCCAACAUUCGAUCAUAGACUUGCAUGCUCUUGACAGCACCAAGAAAGGCAGCUCCCUUGGGGGAGUCGAUAUACACUGAGUGUUCAAAACAUAAGGAACACUGCUCUUUCCAUGGCAUAGACUGGCCAGGUGAAUCCAGGUGAAAGCUAUGAUCCCUUAUUGAUGUCACCUGUUAAAUCCACUUCAAUCAGUGUAGCUGAAGGGGAGGAGACAGAAUAAUGAAGGAUUUUUUAAGCCUUGAGACAAUUAAGACAUGGAUUGUGUAUGUGUGCCAUUCAGAGGGUGAAUGGGCAAGACAAAAUAUUUAAGUGCCUUUGAACGGAGUAUGGUAGUAGGUGCCGGGCACACCGGUUUGAGUGUGUCAAGAACUGCAACGCUGCUGGGUUUUUCACGCUCAACAGUUUCCCAUAUCUAUCAAGAAUGGUCCACAGCCCAAACGACAUCAAGCCAACUUGACACAACUGUGGAGUCAACAUGGGCCAGCAUCCCUGUUGAACGCUUUCGACACCUUGUAGAGUCCAUGCCCCGACGAAUUGAGGUUGUUCUGAGGGCAAAAGUGGGUGCAACUCAAUAUUACAAAGGUAUUUCUAAUGUUUUGUCAACUCAGUGUACAUGCUUAUGAUGCAGGGUCGCUACAGUACAAUGCAUUCUGUACUGGGUGUGUGAUUAGCCUAGCUAGAAGCUGGGGGAUAGAUUUCUAUGUGCAGAGGAUUCCAGCCGGUUGGUGCUUAGGAUUCCAGCCAAGUUUAACCAUAUUUUAUGGGCUCUGGUCAAAAGCAGUGCACUAAAUAGGGAAUAGGGUGUCAUUUGGGACGCAACCAUGGUUUUGAUCAGUUUAGACAGAAGGCUACAACAUGCUGUGUCGUUAAGACGAACAGUCUCUUUGGCAAACCUUAGUGUUUAUCGCUGCAUUGUUCCAGCAGCACAAUACCCUCAUGAUUUAUGUACUUAACAGUAAUGAUCUGUUUAUCACCAGUGACAUAAAGAGGAGAUGCAUUCACAAUACUACUAACUAGAUUAAUUCCUCGUACACAAACACACACACACAUACACACAUAUUAUGUCUAUCUCCGAUAAGCUACCCAGGAAAGGGCUAAGAAUAGCCGAUAUUAAUAUAUGUAGCCUUAGAAAUAAGGUUCAUGAAAUCAAUAACUUGCCAACAUCGGAUAACAUUCAUAUACUGGCCAUCUCUGAAACUCACUAAGAUAAUUCCUUUGAUGAUAUAGCAGCAACAAUGCAAGGAUAUAAUAUCUACAGAAAAGACAGGAAUCGGGGAGGUUUUUCUGUUUAUGUUCAGAGCCAUAUUCCUGUAGAGCUUAGAGAGGAUCUCAUGUCAAAUGUUGUUGAAGUGUUGUGGUUGCAAGUUCACCUGCCUCAUCUAAAGCCUUUGGGGUGCUGCUAUAGGCCACCAAGUGCUAACAGUCAGUAUUUGGAUAAUAUGUGUGCAAUGCUUGAUAAUGUGUGUGAUGUCAACAGAGGUCUAUUUUCUGGGUGACCUGAACAUUGACUGGUUAGCAACUAGCUGUCCUCUCAAGAGGAAGCUUCUAAUUGUGACAAAUGCCUGUAAUAUGACUCAGGUUAUUACUCAACCAACUAGAGUGCAUACCAAUAGUGUUGGAUCCAUAGAGAUCAUAUUAAAUUACUAGAGAGGCUAUGUCAUAAACCCUCAAAGUUCCAUAAUGGGGCAAAGAUUACAGCCAUCUUGGUCAGGGAGAAAUCCAAAACAGUCUAAUUGGAAUGAAUGGCAGUAGAGGCAUAAUCCUGAUUUUACAUAUGCAGGAAAAUAAAAGUGAGGCAUGUGAUGUAUCAGAAAUUGUGUAAUGGAAUAAUAGUCAACCUAAAAUAUUGUCAUACAAUUAUAAAUACAGUUUAUACAGGUUCUAUACCAAUUUCCGGUAUAAAUAGCCUCUAAAAUAUAUGUAAACAGACCAUAAAUGUCUCCAGAUUUUGUUUUAUUGGAAAACUGUGAGUGCUAUUAUGAUACAAUAUCAGUACUUGUUGCAUUUACAACUUGUCUAAGUCCUAUCAUCAACUGAACCAGUGUAUGGAUGUGGAUUGACUGCAUCGUUGAAUGGAAUGUUGUCAUAUUGGCAGUUAAUUAGAGCAUUUUAUGGAAUCAUUCCUCUAAAACUGGCUGGCUAGCUAGCUAACACACAUACAGUGCAGAUAAAUUAUUCACAUUCAUUGUUUUACACUAUAUCUUAUGACAGCACUGGCAAACUAUGGUUGACCAACUCCCUGACCAACAUGGCUGACCUUUGGACCAUCAUAAGAAGGUUUACAUAAAUUGUAGUAUUCUAAUUCCUAAUUAUAUGGUUGGAUCUGUGACAUCCACUUGUAUUCAUCAUAUCUUCACUAAUGCUGCAGAGCUUUGCUCCAAAGCAAUAUCAGUUCCCAUUGGCUAUAGUGACCAUAACUUUGUGGCAAUAACAAGGAAAGCCAAAGUGUCAAAGGUUGGGCCUAAAGUAAUUCAUAAGAGAUUAUACAAAAUGUUUUAUUUUGUUGAAGAUGUAAAAAAUGUAUGUUGGUCUGAUGUGUAGAGGAAGUGAAUCCAGAUGCAGCACUGGAAGUGUUUGUAAAAUGAUUCAUGCCAAUUGUUGAAACCCAUGCACCUGUUAAGAAACUAACUGUGAGAACUGAUUGGGGAUCCAAAUCAAUAAAUAAAUAACAUUGAACAGUGAACCAUCAUAUUUUUGUAUAAAAUAUCUAAUAAUGAAAGAGAAGGAUUGCUGUAUUGAAUUUGGUCAAGUUAGUGUGGGAGAUGUGGGACAACUAUUUUUAUUCAUCAAUAAUGAUAAGCCACCAGGUAUAGACAACUUUGAUGGGAAGCUAUUGAGAAUGGUAGCAGACUGUAUUGCCACCCCUAUUUGCUAUAUCUUUAACCAAAGCCUAAAGGAGUGUGUGUGUCCACAGGCGUGGAAGGAAGCUAAAGUAAUUCCACUGGCUAAAAAUAGUAAGGCACCCUUUGCUGGCUCUAACUGCCACCCAAUCAGUUUGCUGCCUGCUCUUAGUAAACUGAUGGAGAGGAUUGUGUUUGACCAAAUACAAUGCAAUUUUUCAGAGAACAAGUUAACUACUGACCUUCAGCAUGCAUAUAGAGAAGGGCACCCAACUUGUACUGCACUGACUCAGAUGACUGAUGAUUGGUUAAAAUAAACGGAUUAUAAGAUGAUAGUUGGAGCUGUAUUGUUAGAUUUCAGUGUAGCCUUUGAUGUUAUUGAUCAUAUUGUUAUUGAAAAAACUUGCCAUGGCUUUACAUCACCUGCCAUCACAUGGUUGGAGAGUUAUUUAUCCAAUAGAACCCAGAGAGUGUUCCUCAAUGGAAGCUUCUCUAACAUCAGACAUGUACAGUGCGGUGUCCCUCAGGGCAGUUGCCUUGGGCUGUUACUCAUCUCUAUUUUUACAAAUGAUUUGCCACUGGUCUUACACGAAGCUAGAAUGACUAUGUAUGCGCAUGAUUCCACACUCUACAUGUCAGCUCCCAAAGCCAGUGAGCUCACAGAAAUUCUAUUUUAAGGAGUUACAGUCAGUAUCAGAAUGGGUGAUAAAUAAUAAACCGGUCUUAAAGAUACCCUAUGCAGAAAACUCUCCGGCAUUUCCUGGUUGCUAGAAUUAUAAUAGUUUCAGUUUAUGUGACAAAAUAAGCAAGUAUAAUAUAGAGAAUCAUUUUACCAUCUAAACCGCUGUGAAAUAUAUUUUACAUACCCAAAAAUAUUGUAUUUUCAGCUGUUUGAAACUGGUGUACAAAACUGAAAGUAAAAGAAGCAAAAACGAAACUUAAGAAUGGGAACAUAGAAAUAGCGCAUAUAGAACCUAUCUACCUAUUCUUAGAUUUGCUUUCAAUGGCAAUGAUAGAUCUGUAAUUCAUAUUUCUAUACUGAACAAAAAUCUAAACGCAACAUGCAACAAUUUCAAAGAUUUUACUGAGUUACAGUUCAAAUAAGGAAAUUAGUCAAUUGAAAUAUAUAAAUUAGGCCCUAAUCUAUGGCUCUCACAUGACUGGGGAGCCAGGCCCUGCCAAUAAGAAUUAGUUUUUCCCCACAAAAGGGCUUUAUUACAGACAUAAAUAUUCCUAUUUCUGUGGCAUUGUGUUUUGUGACAAAACUGCACAUUUUAGAGAGGCCUUUUAUUGUCCCCAACACAAGGUGCACCUGUGUAAUGAUCAUGCUGUUUAAUCAGCUUCUUGAAAUGCCACACCUGUCAGGUGGAUGGAUUAUCUUGGCAAAGUAGAAAUGGUCACUAACAGGGAUGUAAACACAUUUGUGCACAACAUUUGAGAAAAAUACGUUUUUUGUGUGUAUGGAAAAUUUCUUGGAUCUUUUAUUUCAGCUCAUGAAACAUGGGACCAACACUUUACAUGUUGCGUUUAUAUUUUUGUUUAGUGUAUAUUAAUUUAGUUACAUAUUGCAGCUUUAAAUACAUCUAAAACUAACAGCAUUGUAUUUGGUUCAAAACAUUUUCUAAGACCUAAACCUCAACUGGAGUUGUGCAUAAAGGGUGUGACUAGGGCUGUUACGGUGACCGUAUUACUGCCACACUAGCUGUCACAAACGCAGUCAAAUUCCACUUGAACGUGUAGUCACGGUAACUAGGCUUCUCGAAAACUGUGCUCUGAUGCUGCUAAUGGUCAUUAGUAGCCUACCAAACUUGCUAACUGCCUGUCGCCUAAUGGCAUGUCACUCUAAUCACUCUCUAAUCAUUCUGGCAUCAAUGCAAAUGCAAUCGAAAAUCUAAUCAAACACUUCAUAAGAGCCCAUGAGCUCAUGUUGCACAACAUUUCUAUAGGCUACGCAAUUGCGUGAGAAAAAAUAGUUUUGAUGGCCUCUAUUAAAAAGAGGAUCCCAUCAUCUUUCUAUAGGCUAGGCCUACUAUAUUUAUUUCUCAACUUUCCUAAUAUUAAGCACAUUGCUUUACUUUACAACGGGAGUUGCCUACCUGGCUGGCAUGAAAAUGAACCAUGGGAAAAGCGUCCUCGAUUCGCUAUUUAAGUGCAUACAGAUGACGUAUUUUUUCCCCCCAGUUCGGACAGGUGCAUGAUAAUGGUCCAUUCUAAAUCAAAACUAAUUCCACACAUAUAUUUAGUAUACACUACCGGUCAAAAGUUUUAGAACACCUAUUCGUUCAAGGGUUUUUCUUUAUUUUCUAAAUAGUGAAGACAUCAAAACGUUAAGAUAACGCAUAUGGAAUCAUGUAGUAACCAAAAAAGUGUUAAACAAAUCAAAAUAUAUGUUAUAUUUGAGAUUCAAUUCAAGGUCAAGCCCUGUCUGGACCCUGGUGCGGGAGGCCCCGACCCUGGAGAGGGGCUGACUUCUGGGUCUGAAGUGGAGCCGCUAACCGGAGCAGAACUGGACCCAGGUGGAGCGGACUGCUCUGGCUCCGGAGUGGAGCCGCUGACCGGAGCUGGCUUGGGCACCGGUGGAGCGGACUGCUCUGGCUCCGGAGUGGAUCCGCUGACCGGAGCUGGACUAGGCACCGGUGGAGCGGACUGCUCUGGCACCGGAGUGGAGCAGCUGACCGGAGCUGGACUGGGAACACUAACUACUGGUCUGGUGCGAGGAGCAGGCACGGGUCGUGCCGGACUGGAGACACGCACCACUGGUUUGGUGCGAGGAGCAGGUACGGGCCAUACUGGACUGGACACGCGCACCACUGGUUUGGUACGGGGAGCAGGUGCGGGGCGUACCGGGCUGGCGACACGCACCACUGGUUUGGUGCGGGGAGCAGGUACGGGCUGGACUGGAUACACGCACCACUGGUUUGAUGCGGCGAGCAGGUACGGGGCUUACCGGGCUGGCGACAGGCACCACUGGUUUGGUGCGGGGAGUAGGUACGGGCCGUACUGGACUGGAUACGCGCACCACUGGUUUGGUGCGGGGAGCAGGUACGGGGCGUACCGGGCUGGCGACAGGCACCACUGGUUUGGUGCGAGGAGCUGGCACAGGCUGUACCGGACUGUGGAGGCGCACUGGAGGUCUGGAGCUUAGAGCUGGCACAACCCGUCCUGGCUGGAUGGCCACUUUCGCACGGCACGUGCGGGGCGCUGGCACAGUACGCACUGUGCUGUGAACACGCACUGGCGACACAGUGCGUAGGACUGGCACAGGAUAUACUGGACCAUGGAGGCGCACUGGAGACCAGGAGCGUUGAGCCGGCACAACCCGUCCUGGCUGGAUGCCCACUUUCGUACGACACGUGCGGGGCACUGGCACAGGACGCACUGGGCUGUGAAUGCGCACUGGUAUCUCCGCAUACCUAGGUUCCUCAAUGAACACACGCUCCUUUUGUUGCCUGACCAGCCCCUCUCUCCGUGCAUCCACCACUUCCUUCUCCCUACGGGCCUCCUGCAGCGCCUCCUCUUGAAGGGAUCUCUCCUGCUCUAUCCCCGCUAUCAGCCCCCGUAAUGUGGUGGCCUCCUCUCUUAAACUGCAGAUCCGCCCUUUCACGGCCUCCUGCUGCCUCGUCGUUCACCCCGUGUGCACCCCCAAAAAAAUUUCUUGGGGCUGCUUCUCGGGCUUUCUUCGUGACCGAGUCCUUUUGAGUCGCCGUUUCUCCUCUCCUGCCUGGGCUUCCUCCUUCACCCAGGGUCCUCUACCAGCCAAUAUCUCCCCCCAAGUCCAAUAUGUCUUUCCCACCUGUGUCCAGGGUGUCUGCUACUCCUGGGCACGCUGCUUGGUCCUUGUUUGGUGGGAUCUUCUGUCACGAUCGUUGAGAGACGGGUCAGACCAAGGUGGCAGCGUGGUAUGCGUACAUGUUUAUUAAGAUGAAUAAACACUUUACAAAAUAACAAAACAACGAAACGUGAAGCUCAAACAGUGGCUACACACAACAAGCCAAACACGAGUCAAGAUCCCACAACUAAGGUAGGCAAAAUGGCUACCUAAGUAUGAUCCCCAAUCAGAGACAACGAUCGACAGCUGCCUCUGAUUGGGAACCACACCCGGCCAACAUAGAUCUACACAUACUAGAACCUAAACAUAGAAUCUAAUAACAUAGAUCUCAAACAACACUCACACCCUGACCCAACCAACAAGAGUUCUCUCGAUCAGGGCGUGACACUGGCAUAGGCCUACAUAGGCACGUGAGUUUCAAGUUUGGGGAAGAAAAUGUUCACCAUAGAAAUGCACCUUUAUAAUAAAGCAUUACAUGCGUCAUCGCAUUUGCAGACGUAUGUAAGAUAGCCUACUAUUUGUGAUGUGAUGAGUAGAUUGGAUAGUCAUAAUUUAGGCUAAUAAUAUAACUCGAUCACUGUUUGCAAAAUAUACCGUUCAAUGCAUGGCUGAGCAUGUAUAGCUUAGAGUAGGCCUAGGCUAUAUCAGAUAUGUUUCUUAUUUCUUUGCAAGGUAAAAAUGUGGCCUUUUAUAAACACAUUUCAUGCAAUUCUACUACACUUUAAAUGACUGGAGACAUUAGCAGAAUCUUUUUUAAUACGACAAAUUAAAGGGUUGGCUACUUUGCUGACACUGACAAACAGAUCAAUAAAAGUGACAUUGUCCAUAUAAUAGGCCUAUGAGAAGGGGAGACACAAAUAGAAUAUGACGUCCAUCUAAACUGGAGGAGGAAAUGUAUUGUCCAAAAACAAACUUUUAAGUAGCACUUACCCAACAAUGGUAAAUAGUGAAUUUGCGCAGUACUCGCUGGGGAUAUUACCGAUGCUCUCCACUGGUGCCAAUAAGAUAGGCUCUACUGUUGUUCUCUCAAUUAAAUUGUGAAUUUUUAAUAUUAAAAGACAGAUUAGUCUUUUCAAUGUCUUUUCUUUACAGCUAUAACCAUUUUCUUUCCAAACUAUGUUUUCCUGUGAUUGUAUUUUGAAAUAUUGCGAGAUGCCUGGGUUGACCUCUCUACUUAGCAUGCGUUGCCUUUCCUUCUGACUGUAGGCAAUGCGAUUUAAAACAAUCCACAACUCAUAUUUUUUAAGAAUCAUCCUCUGUGGACAAAUCAAGCUCUAGUAGUCUAUUUUGAAUGAUUUUAUUUAUUUCUGUAUAGAGAGGAGUAGGCUAGUUAGGUUAAAUCAUUUUGGCAAUUUAAUUCACUUUACUUUAGGGAAAUUUUCCCCUAGCCUUAUCGUAACCACACGUAACCUCCAUUCGCUAUUCGAGUGCAGGCUAUGGAUGACAUGUUUUGUUUUUGUGCACCAUUCGAAAUAAAACAUAAUUCCACACAUAUAGGCUAUUAGUAGGCUAUAUGUAAAAAAACAGAUUCAAUUAAGAAUAGUCUGAUGGGUGAGAAUAUUAUAAAGUGCUUGUCAAAUUGUGAAUAAGAGACUGAUGAAGUGUGUGCAGCCUGCGCAAGAAACAAAGCAGAGCUCAUGCCUUUCAUGCAACUUUUUUCAAAUCAUCAUUAGAGUCGCAUCAUGCAGCCUUAGAAUGUAUUAAAAAUCUAAACAUAUAGCCCAAUGUUUGUAUCACAACUAAAGUUGCAUAAAUAACUCUACAUUAUGCACAUAGGAGGACCUGUUUCUUUGUUAACCGCUCAACAUAGAAUAGCCGCAUGUGAGCACCUCAGAAAUCGUUUAGGGGAAAAUAUCCUUUCUAUUUUAUUCAGCUAUGUUCAAUUGUAUUCUUCUUACUAUAAAAUAAUAUAAAAUAAUGCCACGGAAUUCUAAGCAAAUCUUGUCGGCAUAGACAGAUCAGGGCCUAACAUAAGGACAACUCAGAAUAUGCUAUUCGGUUUUUCUGAAAUGGGCUAUAUUUUCUUCAUAUCAUGUUUCUUUAGACCUGUCUAAAGUAAAUAAUGGAUUAAUUGUGAUGGUGUAGGCUUGUUUAAAUUGAUUUAUUAGACUUUUUGAUAAAAUGUAGAUGUUCCAAAGGUCCACAUCAGUGGCUUGUAGGCUAUGCGUGGAAGCCAGGAAAUGCUAAACAUGUUUAUGUUAAUUCACGGUCAAUUACCGUGAGACCGGCAGCUAUUUGCAUGACAAUCACCGGCUGACGAAAUGUCAUGACCAUCACAGCCGAGGUGUGGCCAUUGAGCAAGUUGAGGAAGCUAAACUUAGUGUACAAGUAUAACAUUGGAUGGUCAAUGAUCAUGGUCAAGUCAUAUAGACAAUGUUCUUGUAAAGAUGGGGAGGGGUAUGCCUGUUAUAAAAAUAUGUUCUGCGUUUUUGACACAAAAAUCAACUGUACUAAUUGUUCAGGCUCUGGUCUUGUCCCAUCUUGAUUACUGUCUGAUAAUAUGGUCAAGUGCAGCAAAGAAAGACCUAGCAAAGCUGCAACUGGCUCAAAACAGAGCAGCACACCUUGCCCUUAACUGCACAUACAGAACUAACAUCAACAACAUGUAUGCCAGUCUUUCCUGGUUGAGGGUUGACUAGAGAUGAACUGCUUCUCUACUAGUUUUUAUGAGAAAUAUUACUGUGAUUAAAAUUCCAGAUUGUCUGCAUAAUCAAAUAACAUACAGCUCAGACACCCAUACAUACCCAUACAUACCCCACAAGACAUGCCACCAGGGGUCUCUUCACAGUCCCCAAGUCCAAAACGAAUUCUCAGCAAUGCACAGUAUUAUACAGAGCCAUGAUCGCAUGUCCCAUCUUUCAAUUACUUAAGCAAACAGCAACAUUCAUUUUUUUAAAUAAAACAACACCUCAUGGCACAAUAGGGAUUGGGAAAUGACACAUACACACAAACACACAAUCUACACACAUUAUUCUUUAAUUGUAUUGUUUGUAUAUCGUUGUAUUUUCGUUUGUGUGACUGUUCUUGUCUAUCAGUCUAUCAGUGUUGUGUUACUUGUCAUCUUUUAUGUUUUUGUGUAGACCCCAGGAAGAAUAGCUGCUGCAAAUAAACCAAACCCCACUCAAAUGCACUCACGCACACACACACACACACUGUGUGUCUUUGCCAUUAAUGGACCCCCUCCUCCAUUACUGACCAGGCCUGUGCAGUGAGCAGAGCAGCCUGUCAAUACUGACAGCAUAUUUAACAUUGUGUUAUAGGAAAAGUAAUAGACCUGAUUGAGUGGCUUGAAAUAAUGAUAUAUUAGACAACAGCACAGGGAACUACAGACUGGUUGAACACCUCAGUGACCACCUCUGAGCAGGAACUGUUCAUUAGACAGCUGCACAGUAUAAUACAGGAUGGUUGAAAUACCACCAGAGACCUCCAAGCAGGAAAUACUGAAAAACCUAGCCUACACCAUACAACAAGGAAUGCCACGGCUAAUGGAACUGAAGAUAGAGUGCAUUUGGAAAGUGUUCAGACUUUUGGCUUUUUCCACAUUUUGUUACGUUUCAGCCUUAUUCUAAAAUUGAUUAAAUAUUUUAAUUCAAUAGUUUUCCUCAUCAAUCUACACACAAUACCCCAUAAUGACAAAGAAAAAGAAAACAGGUUUUUAGACAUUUUUGCAAAUGUAUUUUUUUUUAACCCGGAAAUAUAACAUUUACAUAAGUAUUCAGACCCUUUACUCAGUUCUUUGUUGAAGCACCUUUGGCAGCGAUUACAGCCUCGAGUCUUCUUGGUUAUGACACUACAAGCUUGGCACACCUGUAUUUGGGGAGUUUCUCCCAUUCUUCUCUGCAGAUCCUCUCAAGCUCUGUCAGGUUGGAUGGGGAGCGUCACACCCUAUCUUCAGGUCUCUCCAGAGAUGUUAGAUCGGGUUCAAGUCCGGGCUCUGGCUGGGCCACUCAAGGACAUUCAGAGACUUACAUUUACGUAAUUUAGCAGACGCUCUUAUCCAGAGUUAGUUAGUGAGUGCAUGCAUAAUUUUUUAUACUGGCUCCCCGUGGGAAUCGAACCCACAACCCUGGUGUUGCAAACGCCAUGCUCUACCAACUGAGCUACAUCCCUGGGUUGUCUUGGCUGUGUGCUUAGGGUCGUUGUCCUGUUGGAAGGUGAACCUUCGCCCCAGUCUGAGGUCCUUAGCGCUCUGGAGCAGGUUUUUAUCAAGGAUCGCUCAGUACUUUGCUCCGUUCAUCUUUCCCUCAAUCCUGACUAGUCUCCCAGUCCCUGCCGCUGAAAAACAUCCCCACAGCAUGAUGCUGCCACAACCAUGCUUCACCGUAGGGAUGGUGCCAGGUUUCCUCCAAACGUGACGCUUGGCAUUCAGGCCAAAGAGUUCAAUUUUGGUUUCAUCAGACCAGAGAAUCUUGUUUCUCAUGGGCUGAGAGUUUUUAGGUGUCUUUUGGCAAACUCCAAGCGGGCUGUCAUGUGCCUUUUUACUGAGGAGUGGCUUCCGUCUGGCCACUCUACCAUAAAGGCCUCAUUGGUGGAGUGCUGCAGAGAUGGUUGUCCUUCUCCACAGAGGAACUCUAGAGCACUAUCAGAGUGACCAUUGGGUUCUUGGUCAAGGCCCUUCUCCCCCGAUUACUCAGUUUGGCCGGGUGGCCAGCUCUAGGAAGAGUCUUGGUGGUUCCAAACUUCUUCCAUUUAAGAAUGAUGGAGGCCACUGUGUUCUUGGGGUCCUUCCAUGCUGCAGAAAUUUUUUGGUACCCUACCCCAGAUCUGUGCCUCGAUACAAUCCUGGCUCUACGGACAAUUCCUUCGACCUCAUGGCUUGGUUUUUGCUCUGACAUGCACUGUCAACUGUAGGACCUUAUACAGUGGGGGAAAAAAGUAUUUAGUCAGCCACCAAUUGUGCAAGUUCUCCCACUUAAAAAGAUGAGAGACGCCUGUAAUUUUCAUCAUAGGUACACGUCAAUUAUGACAGACAAAAUGAGGAAAAAAAAUCCAGAGAAUCACAUUGUAGGAUUUUUUAUGAAUUUAUUUCCAAAUUAUGGUGGAAAAUAAGUAUUUGGUCAAUAACAAAAGUUUCUCAAUACUUUGUUAUAUACCCUUUGUUGGCAAUGACACAGGUCAAACGUUUUCUGUAAGUCUUCACAAGGUUUUCACACACUGUUGCUGGUAUUUUGGCCCAUUCCUCUAUGCAGAUCUCCUCUAGAGCAGUGAUGUUUUGGGGCUGUCGCUGGGCAACACGGACUUUCAACUCCCUCCAAAGAUUUUCUAUGGGGUUGAGAUCUGGAGACUGGCUAGGCCACUCCAGGACCUUGAAAUGAUUCUUACGAAGCCACCCCUUCGUUGCCUGGGUGUUUGGGGUCAUUGUCAUGCUGAAAGACCCAGCCACGUUUCAUCUUCAAUGCCCUUGCUGAUGGAAGGAGGUUUUCACUCAAACUCUCACAAUACAUGGCCCCAUUAAUUAUUUCCUUUACACGGAUCAGUCAUCCUGGUCCCUUUGCAGAAAAACAGCCCCAACUCAUGAUGUUUCCACCCCCAUACUUCACAGUAGGUAUGGUGUUCUUUGGAUGCAACUCAGCAUUCUUUGUCCUCCAAACACGACGAGUUGAGUUUUUACCAAAAAGUUCUAUUUUGGUUUCAUCUGACCAUAUGACAUUCUCCCAAUCCUCUUCUGGAUCAUCCAAAUGCACUCUAGCAAACUUCAGAUGGGCCUGGACAUGUACUGGCUUAAGCAGGGGGACACGUCUGGCAUUGCAGGAUUUGAGUCCCUGGCGGCGUAGUGUGUUACUGAUGGUAGGCUUUGUUACUUUGGUCCCAGCUCUCUGCAGGUCAUUCACUAGGUCCCACCGUGUGGUUCUGGGAUUUUUGCUCACCGUUCUUGUGAUCAUUUUGACCCCACGGUGUGAGAUCUUGCGUGGAGCCCCAGAUCGAGGGAGAUUAUCAGUGGUCUUGUAUGUCUUCCAUUUCCUAAUAAUUGCUCCCACAGUUGAUUUCUUCAAACCAAGCUGCUUACCUAUUGCAGAUUCAUUCUUCCCAGCCUGGUGCAGGUCUACAAUUUUGUUUCUGGUGUCCUUUGACAGCUCUUUGGUCUUGGCCAUAGUGGAGUUUGGAGUGUGACUGUUUGCGGUUGUGGACAGGUGUCUUUUAUACUGAUAACAAGUUCAAACAGGUGCCAUUAAUACAGGUAACGAGUGGAGGACAGAGGAGCCUCUUAAAGAAGGAAGUUACAGGUCUGUGAGAGCCAGAAAUCUUGCUUGUUUGUAGGUGACCAAAUACUUAUUUUCCACCAUAAUCUGCAAAUAAAUUCAUAAAAAAUCCUACAAUGUGAUUUUCUGGAUUUAUUUUUCUCAAUUUGUCUGUCAUAGUUGACGUGUACCUAUGAUGAAAAUUACAGGCCUCUCUCAUCUUUUUAAGUGGGAUAACUUGCACAAUUGGUGGCUGACUAAAUACUUUUCCCCCCCCACUGUAUAGACAGGUGUGUGCCUUUCCAAAUCAUGUCUAAUCAAUUGAAUUUACCACAGGUGGACUCCAUUCAAGUUGUAGAAACAUCUCAAGGAUGAUCAAUGGAAACAGGAUGCACCUGAGCUCAAUUUAGAGUCUCAUAGCAAAGGGUCUGAAUACUUAUGUAAAUAAGGCAUUUAUUUUCUUCUCUUUUUUAUAGAUUUGCAAACAUUUCUAGAAACCUGUUGUUACUUUUCAUUAUUGGGGUAUUGUGUGUAGAUUGCUGAGAAAAAAAAAAAUCUAAUGCAUUUUAGAAUAAGGCUGUAACGUAACAAAAUGUGGAAAAAUUAAAUAGGUCUGAAUCCUUUCCGAAGGCACUGUAUCUAAUCACCUUCAAUGUCAGUCAGACCUCAGUACUUUGCCAUGUUUUUCUGGGUUGUUGCAUUUCUAUUUUAAGGGUUGUGGUUUCAUACACUAUAUCAGGCCAGUCAUUGAGUCAUGAAGAGAUGCUGACUUCAUGACUUUGCCAAGUUCAGAUCAACUUGUUGGAGAGUUGUAUCCCUGGGGUUAAGGAGUUGUUACAGCAUACUUUAAUGAACGUUAGGGGAAGAUGUAGAUUUCCGCCUAAAUAGACAUGCCCCAAGGUAAUUAUUUUUCAUGACUUGGCUAUAAACAAUAACUAGUAAUGCAGCAUCGUUUUAGAAAGUUCUGGAACUCACCUUUCUGGUAACAAUACUUAUACAUUGCUUAGGUGUAUUCACUUUUGAGGACACAAGCUCAAGUACAUAGUACAAAUAUUAUGAAAAUAUGAAAAAUCAUAUAUGAUGUUUUUCCUAUUCAACAAAAGUGGGGUAAUAGGGCAUGAAAUGACUAAAAUGAUUUCUAGAGAUAGUAACAAUCAAAUUUAAAAUGAUUUACCAUAAGAUUUCACCUUUCUUAUAACAUUCUAAUAAAUAUGAUCACACUUAAUGACAGUACAAUAUUGGCACCAUUUCAUAAAACUGACGACAGAGACUUUUCUCCAAAACGUCCUUUGAGCAAUGCAAAGACAUCAUUCAAAUGGCUGCAGACUCGUUACAACUUCAUCUUUAAUCACAAAGUGAUUUUGUCCUUCUGUGACCAAGAGAAAGUGGUCUUGUUUAAAUUCUACUAAAUUAUUUUGUAGUUUUUCAUGUUGAAAGCUCUGAGAACAUGACAGCGAAAUGAGACUGCUUUUGCUAAAAUCGCUAGACUCUUCCGUUUCAUUCGUAUCGCAAUCGGAGCUGCGUGCUCCACAACCAGAGCAAAACAUAUCCUUUGUCUGGAUAGGCCAGAAAAUGUGACGUAUCGCUUGCAAUGCAAAUGAGGUGUCAGAUUUCACAUACUGGAUCUCAUCGGCGUGUGGGAGACAGCAUUAGAAGUGGGACAACCAGACCUUUCACAGAGUGCACAGGCAUGGAUACUGUGUCUUUCACAGAGUGCGCUGUACACAGAAAUGUCUGUCGGAACUGGUCCAGAACCACUCAAGGUCCCCUAAAUAGUCGCCCUAAUGGCUAAGAAGCUUUAGUUAAGGUUGUGAUUUUAAUAUUUCUGUCCAGUCUUUGAGUGAUGAAGGGAUGUUGACUUUGCCAAGAUUAGAUCAGCUUGAUAGUGAGUUGUUGUUAAGAGAUGUAACAGCCGUGGGAAUACGUGUUGUUACACCUGUAUUUUAUGGCUGUGAUGCUAUGUUUCUGUCCAGUCAUUGCGUGAUGUAGCGAUGUAGACUGUAACCUAGGUGUCUUGUCUUCUGUGUUGCAGGUGAACCAGGAAAAUGUAGUGAAGGUGGGCCACAAACAGGUGGUCAAUACGAUACGACACGGGGGAAACCGGCUCAUCAUCAAAGUGGUGACGGUUAGCAGGAAUCUGGACCCUGAUGACACGGCCAGGAAGAAAGGUAAGCUUCUUAUCCUCUCUCUCUCUCCCUCUCUCUCCCACCAUGCUGCUCUGCCCUACACCGCCCGUCUGAUUAGUUGGGGUGAAUCCACAGUGAGGGUCCCAGCUAGCCCUCCAAACCAGAACUGGGUUUAAAUUAUUACAAAUACUUCAAAUGUGCUUGACCAAUAGAUAGGCCCAAAACUGCAAACCCCGCAGUCUAGGCAGGCUAGAGCAAAUGUAUUUUAAAGAUUCCAAAUAGUAUUUGAACCCAGGCCUGUUCUAAACCCUCUUGGCUCGUCCUCAUACUGUACCGUACUUUAUCAGGAAGCUAGAGCGGUGACCACAUUGCAGUUUUUCCUGAUGACUGUGCUGAUUUUCAGCCUUGAAGUUAAGACGGGGGUUUUACAGUUGGGGGCAUUCAAAAAAUGUGCCUGUACUGCAGCACAGGUAAAAACAUUUCAAAGUUGAUGUACUACAUUAACUGUCAGGGGCAUAAUUUAGAAGGGCAUUUUUAAGGUAUUUUGUUAGAUGAUUGCUGAACUUGGAGCUUGCUUGGCGUCACCCUACGAGACUUGUGAAGUUGCUGAAGCGUUUUGAAAAGAAACUUUUUAAUGCGCCCAGCUGUAUACUGUAGCUCUCUCAUCUGGGGCUUGUUCAGGAUGAUGUAACGUUACAGAACGCUCAGAUAGAAAUGUAGGCCUAUUGCAUAAAACAGAAAAGAUUUUCUGUCAAAUAGAAUAGGGAAUAGUGUCAGCUCUAUUCAUUAUAUCUUUAUCUGCAACGUUCAGAGCACGUCCCUGAAUGCACUCCUGCUUUUUCUGUGUUGUGUUGUUGCAGUGCCCACACCUCCUCGUAGGGCUCCCUCCACGGCCCUGUCCAUGGCCAUGCGCUCCAAAUCCAUGACAUCAGAGCUGGAGGAGUUAGGUAAGAAUCAGCAAAGCAUCCAUACAUGGGAGAUUAUAAUUCCAAGAGGUCAAAUGCAUUUUGUAUCCACUUGGUUUGUCCUCUGUGUGUUUGUUUAGUGAUGUUAUUCUCUGGAAGACCUUUUUUUAAAAGUAAUUGUGUCCUCCUGAUUUGUUUUUCAAUAUCUGCGACUACAGUGGACAAAGGUACGCAGCAUACAGUAGCUACUGUUUAGUCACAGCUGCUCGCAACUGUCUUAAAAUAGUUUUGUUCUUUCAUUUUUAAAUGUUAAUUUCCUCCAUUUAAUAUAGUACUAUAUUUACUCUACUUUGAGGGGGCUCAGGCAAUUAUGUACUUUGUGAAAAGGCACAAAGGUGUUCUGCUCUGUACCAUUUGAUCUGAAGAGAGCUGGAGAGAAAACAUUUUAACGACAGUGCGGUAUCAUCUAAUGUGAUAAAGAGCUCAUUAGACAGCAUGACUGAUCGUUUUGAACAGCUUUGAACGAUCAUAACAAUUGCAUAAUUCCAUGCCAUGUCAUCAUACACCUAACCUAAUAUGCUUUUGAUUAUUAAUUUACUUAAUUGUUGAAUUUAUUGUUAUUGUUUGAUUGAUUUAACUCAGAGCCGUAUACUGUAUGUAAAUAGCUUUGAUUUAACUCACCAUUUGAAAAAAACGUUUACCUUAUUGUUGACUCAUCUGUUGCUUAUAACUGUUCUGCAGUAGAUGUCUUUUGAAGGUCCAGUCAUAGAAAUAGCAUGAAAGGGUUGAUCAUUCUACGUCUAUGGGAUGACCCACGGGGGGGCCAGUAUGAAAAAUGUAUGCACUCACUAAUUGUAAGUCGCUCUGGAUAAGAGCGUCUGCUAAUUGACUAAAAUGUCAAUUGGAUCACAAAAAAAUUUAAUAAAAAUACCGGUCAUUCUAUGUCUAUGGGGCAGGUGUCAUGUUUGGAAGCUUUUAAACAUGUAUACAAUUGCUUAAUGAAAAUACACUAUAUAUACAAAAGUAUGUGGACACCCCUUCAAAUGUGUGGAUUCUGCAAUUUCAGCCACACCUGUUGCUGACAGGUGUAUAGAAUCAAACACACAGCCAUGCAAUCUCCAUAGACAAACAUUGGCAGUAGAAUGGCCUUACUGAAGAGCUCAGUGACUUUUAACGUGGCACCAUCAUAGGAUGCCACCUUUCCAACAAGUAUGUUCGUCAAAUUUCUGCCCUGGUAGAGCUGCCCCCGGUCAACUGUAAGUGCUGUUAUUCUGAAGUGGAAACGUCUAGGAGCAACAACAGCUCAGCCGCGAAGUGGUAGGCCACACAAGCUCACAGAACGGGACGCAGAGUGCUGAAGCGCGUAGCGCGUAAAAAUCGUCUCUCCUCGAUUGCCACAUUCACUACUGAGUUUCAAACUGCCUCUGGAAGCAACGUCAGCACAAUAACUGUUUGGGAGCUUCAUGAAAUGGGUUUCCAUGGCCAAGCAGCCGCACACAAGCCUAAGAUUACCAUGCGCAAUGCCAAGCGUCGGCUGGAGUGGUGUAAAGCUCGCCGGACUUUGGAGUAGUGGAAACGCGUUCUCUGGCAUUCCGACUGACAAAUCUGGGUUUGGCGGAUGCCAGGAGAACGCUACCUGCCCCAAUGCAUAGUGCCAACUGUAACGUGUGGUGGAGGAGGAAUAAUGGUUUGGGGCUGUUUUUCUUGGUUCGGGCUAGACCCCUUAGUUCCAGUGAAGGGAAAUCUUAACGCUACAGCAUACAAUGACAUUCUAGACGAUUCUGUGCUUCCAACUUUGUGCCAACAGUCUGGGGAAGUUCCUUCACUGUUUCAGCAUGACAAUGCCCCUGUGCACAAAGCGAGGUCCAUACAGAAAUGGUUUGUUGAGAUCGGUGUGGAAGAACUUGACUGGCCUGCACAGAGCCCUGACCUCAACCCCAUCGAACACCUUUGGGAUGAAUUGGAACGCAGACUGCGAGCCAGGCCUAAUCGCCCAACAACAGUGCCAGACCUCAAUAAUGCUCUUGUGGCUGAAUGGAAGCAAGUCCCCACAGUAAUGUUCCAACAUCUAGUGGAUAGCCUUCUCAGAAGAGUGGAGGCUGUUAUAGCAGCAAAGGGGAGACCAACUACAUAUUAAUGCCCAUGAUUUUGGAAUGAGAUGUUCGACGAGCAGGUGUCCACAUACUUUUGGUCAUGUAGCGUAUAAGUAGGCCUAUAUUUGGCAAAGUAGUGAUGAGUAGGGGCGUUAUAUUAUGCUGCUUUACAUUACAAGAUUCCACUAUCUUUGCAUAAUAGCCUGUGUUCAUGGUGAGAGAUUAUUUUUGUUGAUUUCUUUUGAUCAUAAGUUCUUAUAUUCUCUUUUUUUUAAGCCACUUUGAGGAAAAAAGUGACCGGUGGUAAGUGUGAUAGGCAUGCUUUAUACAUGACAUGUUAUUUGUAUGUCCAUAGAAUGUACAAAGUACUCUUUCUCUUAUUCUCUAGAUUCUUAUUUCUUUAUCAACACAAUUUGUACAAUUUACUUGCAUGCCCACUAAACUGUAAGAGGGCAGGUAUGAAGGUGAACUAAUGUUUGCUGUCUCAGGGUUGUAAACGGGGAUGCAAGCACAUUAAGAACAUAAGAAAAUACCCUUCUGAACUAGAAGCUUUUUAAAGACUUGUUAGCACAUCACAACACUUGAUGUCCUUAGCUUUUCACAGCGUUCACAGCGUACGUACUUCAGUUCAGUGUGAGAGUGCAAUGCUAUUCCCAUGCAUUAUUCAUUGCUCUGCCCCUCUUUUAAACACAGUUAUGCAAGAACAGGAAAAAAACAACAGCCGAGAUCUCACAUGCAUCCAAAAUGGCACCCUAUUCCCUUUAUAGUGCACUACUUUUGACCGGGGACCUGGUCAAAAGUAGUGCACUACAAAGGGAAUAGGGAUCCAUUUGGUAUGCAGCUCUCAUCUUUUACCACAGAUUUUUAUCCUUCCAAAAUAGUUGCACUGUUCUCUGUAAUGAUAAAAGAAUUUGAAACACCUUUAUGGAAUAAGAACUAGGGGCCUAGAUAAUGCACAACAGUCAGCUGCACAUUUCAAAGAGCAGCUAGCUACCUUCUCAGAAUACACUGAGACUUAACUUUAAGGGCACAACACUGUUAUACAAUGAGCCCACUACAGAUAGGCUUUGACUCAUACAGAAACAAGGUGUUGCCAUGGAAAUAUUGCUACAUACAGUGUAGUGUGUCGUUCAAUAUUGCAGCACAGCAUUCUACCUGCAAAACAUAUUCUCUACAGUCCUGCAGCUUCCUACUCUUAGACUCGUUCUCCAGCUGUAUUGGCCUUAUUCUGUGUUCACUGCUUCACACCACAACACUGGAGAUUUGCAGGAAUGCUUCUAGAAUUCUAGAAUGUGUGGUGACACCAGACACUGAGGUGUCCUAGAAUGGCUUCAUCAAUCCACCAGGGUUUCUUGCUGUCAUAAAUACUGCAAUGUUACUGUAGCCAGAGGAUGUGACAGAGAGAGAGAGAGAGAGAGAGAGAGAGAGAGAGAUAUGGCUUUAGGAAGAGGGGGUGGGUGAGUGGUGGGUGGGUUAGUGGAGGGGGGAGGGUCAGUGAUGGUGAGAAUGUUUUUAGACAGCCUUGGAAUCUUCUCCAUCUUAAUCAUACAGUACACACAUGGUCAUGUGUUCAAGCGUAGUAUGCAGACAGAGGGAUAGCAAGAUUUCUCCUUAAGAUGUACACUCUUAGAAAAAAAACAUACAUGCCAAGUAUAGACCAUAUAUUGUGUUCCCUUUCAGGUUAUAGAAAAGAGCAGAAGCUCUGAACUAUCCGUUCAGACCCCAGUCCUACCUGUUUUAGUAUUUCUCCAGUAGGUUUCUUCAAGGAGAAAGACCCCCACUUCUAUGUCAAAGAUCAUAAAAUAAAAACACUAUAGUAAAUACUACAGUAAUGUCCGCAAAAACACUACAGUAAUUACUAUAGUAUAUACUACAGUUUUUCUACCACAGUAUUUAUACUAUAGUAAACUCUAAAUACUAUAGUAUACUACAGUAAAUACUACAGUAUUCAGUGUAGUGUUUUUGGAGACUUUAUUCUGCAAAAACACUACAGUGAAUACUACAAUAAAGUCUGCAAAAACACUACAGUGAAUACUAUAUAUUUAUACCUUAAUAUACAGUACUAUAGUAUUUUCUCAUGUGGGGAUGUCUGCCCUUGGUUAGAUUAAUUCAUAAUGUAUUUCAUGAAGACAAUAAAGAGGGAUGUAUGUAGCCUACAGCUCUCUCUCCUCUGUUGACAGGUUUUGACAGCAGUGACUUGAGGGAGACGCGUGUUUGAAUGUACUCAUCACUAACUAUAGAAUAAGGAUGCCAUAUGGAUGGAUGUCCGAAUCUGAACUGCCUUUUCUUCCUGUGUAUUCCUGUUGUAGAUGAUCAGUCUUCAGAUAAUGAGAGUCUAAAGAAGAGGAUUGUUUUCUCAGUCACUCUAAGUAAUCGUCCCAUGCAUGGGAGCGCUCCAACAAAAAAAAAGAAAAGAACGCUAGCAUGUUGGUUGUGCAGUGGCCGCUGAACCAUAAACCUAUUCCCAUAUCUGUUUGUGCAGUCUUACCAACUUCUUGUCACUCGUAAAUUAUUUAAGGGUUGUGUACAAAAUGGCACCCUAUUCCCUACAUAGUGCACUACUUUUGACCAGAGCCCCUAUGGGCCCAGGUCAUAAGUAGUGCACUAUAGAUAGCAGGGUGCCAUUUAGGACACAGAAGGAGUUGGAAAGAGAGCAGAAAUAGACUGCAACCCAGGAUAACUAAACCAUAGAAACAAAAGCAAAAGCCUGAUCGAGGGUUAGCUAGCAAGGGAAGCUUGCACGGCUUUGACUUUGACCAAUGUCAGUGUGACUAUUUCUGUUCUCUUUCUUUUCCUUUCUGCUCGGUUUGAUAUCAGUUCUGACUGAUGGGCCUGGAUUGUCAUUGCCUGAGAUGAAGGCUCAUUUUAGCUUAGAGACAGAUGUAGGAUGUAGGCUACAGUGUCCUGUACUGACAGUGGAGAUGUGUGUGUCUUUGUGUUCCAGAUAAAGUGGACGAGAACAUGCCUUCUCAGAAGCCUAUGUGGGAGAACUCCAACGCUGACAUAAGGGUCGCUAACACAGUCAAGUCACGGCCCAACAGCAGGUGCUUUGCCAUGAGCCCCGAGAUGAAUGUAAGUAUAAGCCCUACCGUCAGUGUAAGUAUUGUUGGCUGUGUGGCACAGGAGUGAGACCAGAAAGGUGUACACUGAGUAGGGUAGCAAAAUACUGGAACAUUUCCCAAACUUCCCAGGUUUUCCAAAAAUUGCAGUUGGGUGUAUUCCCAAAAUCAGCUGGGACUGGGAAACCAACUGGGAAUCAAUAGACAUUUUUUUGAAAAACUGGGCAUUUUGGAAAAGUUUCUGUAAUUUUUGAAAGCUAAUGCUAAGAGAAUUCUGGUGGCUGCACCAUUGCCUGUUGGAAGUUACUGCUAUAUUCUGGCUGGUAAUAGAAAUGCAUGAUUGGUUUCCUUUGUUAGGCGCUGUGCAUGACCUGAUGGGAAUUGCAUUCCCUGAUUUGCUUGGUCUCAGAAGAGUAUAUGAAGUUUAAACAGCUUCUUGUUCUUGAUUGUCCUUCAUCUCUUUCACAAGUUUAUCUGCGUCUUUGAGGACAAACACACACAGUUGGAUAUUGUUGAUGAAAUGUACCUCAAAAAGACCUGUAAUACUAUGUAGUAAAGAUCAGUCCAGGCACCAAGUGUCCUCUCUCUGUGUUGCAGUCCAUGUGUGAGAGCCAGGAUAUGUCAAUGCAGACCCAGACCCAGGCCCAGCCCAGAGAGCCAGGCAGUCCCAGAGGUCAAGGACCCUACCUGGGGGUGCCAAACAGACAGGGGACCAUGAGACGACAGAAGUCCAUAGGAACAUCUGGUAACAACAUAUCAACAUGUUUCUGUCAAGGCUAAAUAUUGAACCUGCAUACUGUACAGUACACACAUACAUACAGCAUCAAUGUGUGUGCACAGACACACACACAGACACAAACACACACACACACACACACACAGACAGACAGACAAGCCCACACACAUGCACACAUCUGUGGAUAAAUCCCUGUAUUGGACAGAGCAAAAAUUUAGGAAAUGACUUUUUCGCACACAAAACCUUGAAGGUUUCAAUUAUAUAAUUGCCAUUGAUAUAAUGUAAUAGUAAAUGUAUUUUUAUUUUUCAGGAAUAACAGAAGAGGAGACCCCUCAGUUUCUGACCCCUCCUAUGUUGAAAUUCACCAGGAGCCUCUCCAUGCCGGACACAUCAGAGGACAUCCCACCCCCACCCGCCAGUUCCCCUCCAUCUCCCCCUUACAACAACGUCCCCAACCCCCAGGUCAGAGGCUACGGCACCAUCAGGCACUCUGCUCCUAAAGGCACCGCCCCAGAGCGAGGGGACCUCAACACGGGCGGCAGCGAUGGGUGGAGGGAGCAGGGGGGUAUGUACUACAGAGAGCCCCAGUCUGAACAGUACCAGUCUGAGAACCACCACCACCAACAGGGAAGCCACAGCCCAGGCCAAGGCCUCACAGCCCAGCAGAGCUUCCUGAACCGCAGGGCCCAGAUCCCUGAGAACCCCUACUCAGACCUGGGUAAGAUGGGCAACCUGGGGCUGUUUGCCCCUAACAAGCCCCAGAGGAGGAAGGGCAUGCUGGUGAAGCAGAACAAGAUCGAGGACAGCCCGGAGAAGAUCUGCACCAUCAAAAUCCCAACCAUCAUCAUCAAGGAGCCGUCUACAUCCAGCAGUGGUAAGAGCAGCCAGGGCAGCAGCAUGGAGAUAGAAACUGGUGCCCAUGACCACUCGGGACAGCUCCGGCCCGACGACGGACACAACCCCAGCAGCCCCUUUGCCACGGCCAUGGCGGGCGCCAUGCGAGAGCGCGAGAGGAGGAUGGUGGAGUCUCACCAGAACUCCCCGUCCUACAGGUUCACCGACCAGGGUGAUGAAGACUCGCCUCCCGCCCCAACGCCUCGCCUCCGCCACUCCAAGUCCAUCGACGAGGGGAUGUUCACUAGUGAUGAACGCCUGCGCCGCAUCAUGGCCCCACCUGCCUCUCUCCUCAGCAUCCCCAGAGGAGAAGGCAACGUGACAAACUUCAAUACCUCAGAGCCCAACAUGGUGAGGGAGCCACUCCACACCCGCACGGGUCACCACAGCCCGGUCAGUCUGCCAAACAAGACCUACACCUCCAGCAGCGGACACUACGUCCACCCAGUAACCGGGAAGCCUCUGGACCCCAACUCCCCUCUUGCACUGGCUCUAGCUGCGCGGGACCGGGCCAUGAGAGAGCAGUCCCAGCCUCUCCCACUGAAGACCGAGCCAGCCAAACCUGACCUGAACAAGCCUCUGUUCAUCGACACCAAGCUAAGGACUGGUAUGGAUGCGAGUUUCUCCGCGACGGCCACAAUGGGUCGACCAGGCAGGGCAGGGCUUCGCAGGCAGAUGACCGAGGCCAAGUACGAGACAGAGUCCAAAUACGACCACCCACUGGCUAAAGACCAGGACAAGAGUCUAUCCCAACCUGAGAGAGAAGAGGAGAAGAAGAACAUGUUGAUAGAUACCGUGGACACAUCUCAGCAGAAGUCUACUGGUCUGCUGAUGGUUCACACCACUGAUGGGGCCAGGUCAGAGGAGAACAGCCUGUCUGAGGGGGACAGGGACGGGGCAGUGAGUCCAGACAGCACCCCCAGCGAGCUCCGGGAUCCCAACCAACCUAACACCUCCAAAAUGUCCUCCCCUAACCCCCAUAACCCCCACUCUAUGGGCCCUGGACUGAGAGGUAGUAAGACCAUGAUCACCAUCACCUCAGUAGAUGAGCCGGUCAAACUCCCCUUCGGUAUCCCCCCUCCGCCCUGUGUUCCCUCCGUGGACAUCGACGAUGAGUUCUUUGCUGACCCACUGCCGCCACCGCUGGAGUUCGCCAACAGCUUCGACAUCCCAGAGGACCAGAAGGGGGUGAUCGCUGAACUGCUCAAACAGCAACGAAAUGCUGGCAGAGCCCCGUCGUCUCUAGCUCCCUUCUACCCACAUCACGGUAACACCCCAGGCCACCCUCAUCAGACGAUGAUCAAACGGCCUGCGGUGCUGACUAACUGUAUGCCCCCCAGCUUCCCUCCCAACCCCCUGGAGAGCUACGAGCCUAUCAGUGACUCUGGGAUUGAUGUGGAGCCAGACAGCCAGAGUAGUGGAGACCCUCAGAUGGAGACUACGAGCACUGCAUCCACUGUGUUCAGUAUCUCUACGCUGUCGUCAGAGGGCGGUGAGGCGCUGGACAACACAUGCACAGUCUAUGCAGACGGACAGGCCUUUCUGGUGGACCGGACCUCAAAGCCAAAAAACAGGCAACCUGCCGCCAACAAGAGUAAUGCACUUUACAAGGACCCCGCCUUGAUGGAUAGAGAAGAGAACCUAAGAACUUUCGGAACGCCCUCCUCUGUCCCGCCACCUCCCCCCGGGGCAUGCGUCCACUCAGAGCCCCCCAGAACACCAACGCAAAGGACCUCAAAGCUGUGGGGAGACCCGCCAGGCUCUAACCCCCAGGACAUGCAGAACAAGGACAUAACACCAAAGCCAGGGGACGGGAUAGACUCUUCUUCCUCAGGAUGUAGGACCGUUUUUGGAUCAAGGUAAUCUUUUUUUCUCUGUGUGUGUGUGUGCGUGCAUGCCGUGCAUACAGUGGGGGAAAAAAGUAUUUAGUCAGCCACCAAUUGUGCAAGUUCUCCCACUUAAAAAGAUGAGAGAGGCCUGUAAUUUUCAUCAUAGGUACACGUCAACUAUGACAGACAAAAUCAGAAAAAGAAAUCUAGAAAAUCACAUUGUAGGAUUUUUAAUGAAUUUAUUGGCAUAUGAUGGUGGAAAAUAAGUAUUUGGUCAAUAACAAAAGUUUCUCAAUACUUUGUUAUAUACCCUUUGUUGGCAAUGACACAGGUCAAACGUUUUCUGUAAGUCUUCACAAGGUUUUCACACACUGUUGCUGGUAUUUUGGCCCAUUCCUCCAUGCAGAUCUCCUCUAGAGCAGUGAUGUUUUGGGGCUGUCGCUGGGCAACACAGACUUUCAACUCCCUCCAAAGAUUUUCUAUGGGGUUGAGAUCUGGAGACUGGCUAGGCCACUCCAGGACCUUGAAAUGAUUCUUACGAAGCCACUCCUUCGUUGCCCGGGUGGUGUGUUUGGGAUCAUUGUCAUGCUGAAAGACCCAGCCACGUUUCAUCUUCAAUGCCCUUGCUGAUGGAAGGAGGGUUUCACUCAAAAUCUCACGAUACAUGGCCCCAUUCAUUCUUUCCUUUACACGGAUCAGUCGUCCUGGUCCCUUUGCAGAAAAACAGCCCCAAAGCAUGAUGUUUCCAACCCCAUGCUUCACAGUAGGUAUGGUGUUCUUUGGAUGCAACUCAGCAUUCUUUGUCCUCCAAACAUGACGAGUUGAGUUUUUACCAAAAAGUUAUAUUUUGGUUUCAUCUGACCAUAUGACAUUCUCCCAAUCCUCUUCUGGAUCAUCCAAAUGCACUUCAGACGGGCCUGGACAUGUACUGGCUUAAGCAGGGGGACACGUCUCGCACUGCAGGAUUUGAGUCCCUGGCGGCGUAGUGUGUUACUGAUGGUAGGCUUUGUUACUUUGGUCCCAGCUCUCUGCAGGUCAUUCACUAGGUCCCCCCGUGUGGUUCUGGGAUUUUUGCUCACCGUUCUUGUGAUCAUUUUGACCCCACGGGGUGAGAUCUUGCGUGGAGCCCCAGAUCGAGGGAGAUUAUCAGUGGUCUUGUAUGUCUUCCAUUUCCUAAUAAUUGCUCCCACAGUUGAUUUCUUCAAACCAAGCUGCUUACCUAUUGCAGAUUCAGUCUUCCCAGCCUGGUGCAGGUCUACAAUUUUGUUUCUGGUGUCCUUUGACAGCUCUUUGGUCUUGGCCAUAGUGGAGUUUGGAGUGUGACUGUUUGAGGUUGUGGACAGGUGUCUUUUAUACUGAUAACAAGUUCAAACAGGUGCCAUUAAUACAGGUAACGAGUGGAGGACAGAGGAGCCUCUUAAAGAAGAAGUUACAGGUCUGUGAGAGCCAGAAAUCUUGCUUGUUUGUAGGUGACCAAAUACUUAUUUUCCACCAUAAUUUGCAAAUAAAUUCAUAAAAAAUCCUACAAUGGGAUUUUCUGGAUUUUUUUUUCUCAAUUUGUCUGUCAUAGUUGACGUGUACCUAUGAUGAAAAUUACAGGCCUCUCUCAUCUUUUUAAGUGGGAGAACUUGCACAAUUGGUGGCUGACUAAAUACUUUUUUUCCCCACUGUAUGUGCGUGUCUAAGCAUGCUUGUGUGUGUCCGCGUUUUUGUGUGUGUGUGUGAUUGUGUGUGUGUUCUGCCGGAGAGCAGAUAGAGUUGCCUAGCAACCUAAUAAUGAGAGCAGCAGCCUUGAGGAGUAGAUGAGCAACAACGUCAUGUCAGUCUGAUAUCAUAGAGACUAAACCACCACAGCGCUCUCCUUGGAAGGAAGGAGUGAGCCAUGUGUCACUGUGUGUGUCACUAGCAGCACGGUUCAAAAUAGCACAGAGGCUGCAUCCCAAAUGGCACCAUAUUCCCUAUUUAGUGCACUACUUUUGAUCAGGGCCCAUAGGGAAAUAGGGAAUAGUGUGCCAUUUGAGACCCAGCCAGAGUAUCUUUAAAGGGGUGGAUGGUGUGUGUAACCUGUCUCUUUAUCAUCUAUAAUUUCAACAAACCCAGAGUAGGUGAAAUAUCUAUGAGCAGAGGGGCUCUCUCGUCAGUUAACCCUCCUCUUCAUUCUUCUACCAGUCACGUCAGAUUACUAAAGUAGAAUGGCAUUGGGAGACUAGAGGUGUGUGUAUACAUUGAGGCUCCAACAGAUGUAGGCUAUGCAGUGUUGAAUGUGUGGGAUGUAUGAUUGUAGCCUGUAAUUGUGUGGUUGGUUUUUGACCGUAUGGAUACAUAUUUCUGAAUGUGUAUUUAUGUCACCAGCAUUAUGUAGGCUAUGCAGGUUUCUGUCAGUACGUUUGUUUAUUGGUGUGUGAAUAGUUACUGUUUGUCUAUUUGUGUAAAUGACAUAUAUCUGUUUUGUACAGUAGGCUACCUAAGCCGGUGUGGCAUUUCUUACAGACACGGUGCGUUCCUCCCUACAGCAGUCCCCUGUGAUAGCAGCACUUAUUAUGGAAAGCUGUGGUUAUUUACAGAGCAAACCAGAGGAGGCUAACCCUAAAAUGCAUGGCUAUACCAGCAAAGCUCUGCUUGCUGAAUAUGCUGCAGAGCAGAGCACAUCCCUGUCGUGUGAUCUGAAUGAGAUAUUAGGUUAACCUGAUUCAACCUGAUUCAUAGUGUGACUAGAUGAAUAGCAUAGAGAUCUUCUGACACUUUCAAAGAAAUGGCUGUCACUUUAUAUGGGAAGAAAAACACUGUUUGUUCAUUUGUAUUUAGAAUGAAUUCCCCACUUCCUACUUACAAAGGAGUGAAUAUCUCUUUUGUUUCUUAACUUAUUUUACUUCCCUCUCCUCUGACACAAACAAACACACACACACACACACACACACACACACACACACACACUGUAGCCUACUCCCAGUCUGCAGUUUUGCAGGAGUUGGUGUAGUUUAGAGAAAGACUGUUUUAUUCUCCAGUAGGUCUUUCAGGUCAAGUAGACUACAUCUUCCUUUCCUCGCAGGAGGAGAGACAUCAAAGCGUCCGUCUCUUACUGGCCCGGUCAGAGCAGUCAGGGAGGGAGGAGGCAGGAUGAGUGUAUAUACUGCAGGGGUGUGUACUGUGUUUGUUUGCAUCCAGGUGUAGUUGUGGAAUAUUUAAGUUUGUUUGUCAAGCUGACUCAGUGUCUCUGACUAAUGUUUUAGUAAAUUAUUUUCUGAUAAACAACACCUCUCUCUCGUCCUCUGACCUGGUGCGUUCUGUACGUUCUGUAGGGGUCCAGACGGUGGGUCCCUCGCCUCAGGUACACAGCGGAAUACCACAGUCACUUUUGCUGCCCAGCUCGGCCCGAGUGUGUCGGCCCCAUCUCCAAAACGACAGACAGAGAGUCUCCCCCACCACCGAGCCCCCAGCCCCAUCCUCUCUCCCCCAGACUCAGGCCUCGGCUGUGCCUCCUCCCUCCCCGCCACCUCCCCCACCCUCUCGGAUGUGUUCGGCCUGCCCACCCCCCCUCUCAGCCUGGGCACGGGGAGCAGCCGCUCACCCUCCCCCCUCACCCUCAUGCAGGCCGUCUCCAACAAGCCUUUUGCCACCAAGCCGGUUCUGAUGUGGAGCAAACACGACGUGGCCGACUGGCUGGAGAGCCUAAACCUGGCUGAGCACAGAGACACCUUCAUGGACAACGACAUCGAGGGCUCCCACCUGCCCAGCCUGCAGAAGGACGACCUCAUAGAUCUCGGGGUGACCAGGGUCGGCCAUCGGAUGAACAUAGAGAGAGCUUUGAAACUGCUGAUGGACAGA